AUUGGGGUCCGUGAGCUCCCUGACAGCCAGCUCUGUUAUGUUGGAGUAAACACAAACUCCUCCUUCCCCCGGUGACAGGCGGCAACACUGAAGCAUUGCCUCGCCUUUUCCAACACAAUCUGCGCUCUGGACUCAAUGUCGAAGCCACUCAGGUGAGUCACAAGAUUGUUGUUUUUAUUAUCACCGUGUUGUCUUGUCGGCUCGUGAUGUGGCGCGAGGUAAACGUCAACCUUCGGUCAUUUUUUUUCAGUCACAUACGACCGCGUUACCUGUCCGUUACGCACAGCGACGCACGGUUUGAUUUUUUCACAGCUGAACCGAGAUUUUCAGGUACGCGUUCAGAUCCAGUUUGGACGUGGCGGAUCUCCAGUCUUAAUCUCAGCCUGUCUGCUUUAUUCUUUAUGGUUUGGGUUGAAUAUGAAGGCUCUCUGUUUGACAACCUGCCGCGACACAGUCCUACUGGUGCGUCAAUGUGGGUUAAUGGAACAAGCGCCUGGAGUUUCUGUCCUUAUCUCCCCCUCGGGUUUUUAUUUUCACUUCUGUUUGUGUUUGGUUGAUCUCUUUUAUCAAUCACAAUAAAUAUUAGUAUUAUUGCGUGUCUGUGGUGUGCAGAUGAGACAGUUUUAACACUCAGGUGAUCUGGUAUAAAGGAUAAAUCUGCUCCAAUCUUCCUUGUUGGACUCUUCUCCAAUAUUAAGUGCUAUAACAUUUUAAUGAAGUCCUGGAUGUCAAUGUCAUUAUCAUUGGACAGAAAUUUAAUUCCCAUAAGAAAAGUCUCUUCUUAGAGAGGUCAGAGGUCAGGAUCAGCAACAGAUCAACAUCCCUGCGGCAGAUUGUCUAUGGCAGCGUGCUGGGUGGAGGAAAGGGGGGAUCGACUGCUGCUAAAUGAACCAAGAUACCCUAAAGACAGUGUUUCACUGACGGUUAAAGGGAUAUUCCGGUGUAAAAUUAAGUUAGGGUUGAAUACACCGAUCAUUUCCUCAGUCGAUGGAUUCGCCUGAGGUGUCCGCACAAACAAACGGCUGCUGGAAGAGAGUAGGUGAGCUGUGUUUGGUCUCUUUGUGAAAGAAAUUAGGUAAAGUUAAAAAGAUUUUUGGUUAGCCUGGGACCCUAUUUGUACUGUUGAUGAAGUUAGGUGCUGUUCUGAGCAUUAUUUGUGGCUAUAGAGUGGCGUUUUGGUUGAGCGAAUGGCCCUCUGUAUUGCUAUCAUGCAGUUGUAACUAGAGAAGCAAGCGGUUGGCAACAUUCAUCUCUCGAUGGGAGUGUCUAACUCCCAUCCUAACUUAACUUUGCGCCGGAAUAUCCCUUUAAAAAGACACCAUGACUACGUUCACACUGCAGGUUGUGAUGCACAAUUCAGAUUUUUUGUUAAAUCCGAUCUUUUAGUGCGGUCGUUCACAUUACAACAACAAAUGUCGCAUCUAAUGUGAACGGAAUGCGCCCGUGAAGUGACCCGCAUGCGCACAAAGCACAAAUUGCUUUCCGCGCCUGUUUGUGUUGUCGAACAAUGGUGACGUUUGCCGCAUAUUGAUGAAGUAUAGGUCGGAUGAACGCGACCUGAGCGUCCACACUGCAGUCACAUCAGAUACAUAUCCGAUUCAUAUCCACAUACAAAAGAGGCCUGGAUUGGGUUUGAAAAAAUCUGAAUUGCACUGUUUACACUUCUGAUAUGUGUCACAUAUGGUUAAAAAGUCAGAAUUGACCUGCAGUGUGAACACAGCCUAUGACAGCCUUUAAUUAAAGCACCACUGUGAGAUAUCAAAGUCACAUUGACCCCGUGAGUAGAGUCUGAUCGAUAUUAGAGUUUUGAGUCUAAUAUUGGUACUGAACUCUAAGGGCUGCCUUCUUUAACAUUUGAUUUUUUAGGUCAUUUCUGUUGUAGACAACAAUCCGAUCAACUGUUAUUCUUUGUUGCACUGUACUGAGAGUAUUAAGACUCUGAGCACACUCUGCAAGACGAACUACAUAAUCAAACUGUUUCCUAAUAACUCCCAGCAUUGUUUUUCAGAUUGCAAAUCAGAGCUGUUUCAACGCUGAUGCUGUUGUUGCAAUGAAUUAUUAAUAAGUGGAACAGGUAUCCGUGAAUGUGCCACUCUUGUUUUACUCCAGCUGCUGCUUUUUUAUGGUCUAUAUCAGUCACGAUCAUUGGUCAAACCAUUUAACCUCAAUCGAAACACCAUCAUGCCCACAAGUGUGUUUGUGGGGUCGGCCCUUUUUCCGUUCCCAUGGUACCGCGCUAAACAAAGACCCGUGCAGACCCUCUCUGAUAUUUCAGCGUGAACUCAUACUUAGUUAUCCUGUUUGGGGCCUUGGGAAGAACAGUGAUUGUUGUGGCAGACGCUAAUGAGACCGCUAAGAAACAAACAAAUAGUCUUUACUCGAAUGAGAAAUUGUUUGGAUUGAGGAAGAAACAAGAUUUGACUGCUAAGUGCUGGAGGCGGAUUGAUUUGACUUUCAUGGUAUUUGCUUGUAUUUGCAACCUGCACUGAGGAUUUAGAGUCACAACUCUGUUUCAAAUCUAUGAUAUAUUUCACAGGGAGAAUUGAUUUAUCAAAGAAAUAAGAGCCCGCUUGUAUUCGUGUCUCUUGAUCAAACGCUCAACAGGUUUGUAAUCGCUGUGGCUGUUUGCACUCUGAGUUUCAUUGCUGCUAUAAGAUGGUCUUUUUCCUGCUAUAGUUAGAAGGGUAUAUUGGAAAGCUAUGUGUGCUGUUUGUUAUUUGAGUGUGGGUGUGCAGUGAGAAACAAACAGAUGUGGUGAUUAAUGAACCCACAGCGAAGGAGGCGUCGUGCAUACCUGAAGUUUCCUGCAGCUCGCUCGGUUUAAACCUCAAAAACACCCGCCUGAAGAUAAUCCCUGCAGCUCGCCCACCCUCUGUUUAUCUGUCACCUCUCUCCAAAUCUUGGAAAAACUCAUAUUUUUGCUCCGAGAUGACACGCUGGGCAGCGAAUACAUUAAAGAACCUGGCUUCAAAGUGUGUUUUUUUUUCACAAGUAGGCGGAGAGGGAGCUAAUUGGUACAGAGUCAAGAAGACAAGGGAUGAGAGUGGUUUGACCCACAACUUUCCGGAUAUUUGCCAGCAGGCAGGAUCUCAGCCCACCCUCGAGGAAGAGCUGGAGAAUUAGAUAUGAGCAUUGUCACAGCAAGAUCAUCCUUCUGAUACGAAGUACAUUUAUACUCAACCUGUUAUUUUUCUGCUUGCCUUAGUGGAAGCUUGCUAAAACGCAUUAAGCUCCAGCAUGUUGCAACCGUAGGCUUGUUUGUGCUUGCGGCUACGGAUACAGAAUGCAAACCCUGCAGUCUGCCUUUGGAUUUGGCAUCAUGCUUAAAUGAUUUAGUAAUGAUAACGUGUAUUAUUAGCAAUGCUGAGUGUGGAGAUAGGAAUUUAACCCUCACCUGGCUGAAGAUCGGAGUAAAAAAACACAAACAAGUGAUGACAAAUACAAGGGGGGAAUCAUUUUUGAUCGGAAACAGGUUCAGGAGAGAAACUUUAAACCGAGGAAAGCAGGAACAGAGUAUGUCAGCAGUGUUUCGGUUCCUGAUGUGGAAAGCCCCGUCGCUUCAUAGUAAGGCUGGACCUCAGUGACACACAAGAGGGUGUGUCCCCAUCUGAAGAGGCCCUAAUAAACACAUGGCUGCAGCAGGGACAGUCUACAGCUGUGCAAACUGCUACCUGCAGCCCCCUCCCUCUCAUUCACUUACACGCACACAUCCCCCCUCAGAGUUUCAUCUGUAUUACACCCACAGCUUCUGCAAAGGACAAACAGGAAGGCCUUACUCUGGCUCGUACUGGAUAUAUGAACAAACUCCAGCUGUCCAAGAUUUGUCUUUGUUUACUAUCAGCUGGGUUUAAGUCUUAGCCGGGGCCACUGCAGUAUUGAAACAGCUGGACAGAGAUCAAGGUUCUCCCUUUUCAGAUGCGUCAUUGCUCACCCACCAUCUGUUCAAAGAGGCAUUGUGGGUUGCUCCUCCUAGAUAAAAGUCGCGCACCAGAAACACUAAAGAGAGAUUUCUUUCUUUAUCGGGGAGUUAAAGCGAAUCGAUCGUUCGCUCCUAAAAAGUGCUGCACCUGAUGAAAAACUUGCCUGAGUUCGCACCUCUCUGCGCUGAUAUCUGUUGUAUUGACUGAGGGGUCAGCCGGGGUCAGAGGGAGAACGUUUGAUGCCUUCGGGUUAACUGCGAUAACUGGAGGUUUCAAGUUCUCAACAUUUUAUGAAGCUCUUUGUGCUUCAGGAAAAAGGGAGCAAUUUUAUCUAGGCUGAGAGAACAGACGGAUAGAUCACUGGCUGAUAUGAAGUUAUUGUUUGUGUUUGUUUCUAAUAUAAAGCAAAUUUUGGUGGAUUUACGAUGCAGAAAAUAAUGCACGAGUGGUUUGGAGAUUGUGUCGUUCUGUUUUUUGUUCAGGAAAGUGCAGCAGAGUUUAAAGGGAUAUUCCGGCGUAAAAUUAAUUUAGGGUCAAACACCCUGUAACGCUGAGUUAGACGCCCCCCUCGAGAGAUGAAUGUUGCCGACUGCUUGCUUCUCUAGUUAUACCAACUUCAGUAAUGACCGCACGAUAGCAAAACAGAGAGCCACAUGCUCAACCAAAAAGCCACAAAUAAUUCUCAGAACAGAACCUAACCUCAUCAACAGGGUACAUUGGGUCCUAGCCACAGCACUAGCCACCACCGCCUUUUUAGCUUGGCCUGAUUUCUUUCACAAAGAGACUAACCACAACUCACCCUCUCUCUUCCAGCAGCCACUUAUUUGUACGGAGACCUCAGGCGAGUCCAUCGACUGCAGCGGGGUGACGCAGCUCAAGGAAGAACAUUUAUGAUCAUUACUUUAUCAUUUCCUUGAAGUAAUAAUCUCCAUAUUAAUCAUGGUGUUCUGCCUUAGUGUCUCAGUCUGAUUGCAUUUCCAUGAAUUAAUAAUCAUAAAUGUUCCUUCUUGAGCUGCGUCACCCCACUGUAGUCGAUGGACUCAUCUCCACACAAACAAGCGGCUGCUGGAAGAGAGUAGGUGAGUUGUGUUUAGUCUCUUUGCUAAAGAAAUCAGGCAAAGUUAAAAAGAUGUUUGGUGGCUAGUAAUAUGGCUGGGACCCUAUAUGUACUGUUGAUGAAGUUAGGUGCUGUUCUGAGCAUUAUUUGUGGCUAUAGAGUGGCGUUCAUGCAGUCGUUACUAAAGUUGGUAUAACUAGAGAAGCAAACAGUUGGCAACAUUCAUCUCUCGAUGGGGUGUCUAACUCAGUGUUACAGUGUGUUUGACCUCAACUUAAUUUUACACCGGAAUAUCCCUUUAAGACUCAACAAACCCUACAGUGCAGUACAGUAUUCAAAUGGGCGUAUACUCUCCUCCUCUGACAAUGCAUCUGUCUCUAUUAUAUUCCUGUCAAUCAUUACAUGAACACAUUGCAGAUUAAGAUUUUGAGAGAUCAGGCAGUGUCCCCGCUGUUCUUUCAUGAGGUUAACCCCAUUUAAAACCUUUAUGAUCUGUGUUUUUUACAGUGUUUUUAAGGGCAGCAAAUGAGCACACAAACUCCAGUACUUAACAUUAGAUGCUUAUCGUGGCAGAUGUGAUUUUACAUGAGAACUCGUUUGACUUUUUAAAAAUUUUAGGUCAAAUUAUGGCAGCCUAAUUUGUGACCUGCUCAGGGACAGCAGGGUGGAGCCCUGAAGAGAUUAACUCCCUCUGCUAUGUGCCCUGAUUUUUCCUCAAGUGAAGGCAAACAUCUCCAGCUCUUUAUUUCAACAUGUUUCAGUCCACUUCAUUUUGUGUGACUGAAUGACUCAGAAAAGCAAAUAUUAAGUUUUCGGUGGAAAGGAAAGAAAAGGGAGACGCGCAGACUUGUUAACAGCCAGUGGGGGAAAAGACGGUGAUGUAAUUGUGGAUUUCCUUGAGGGGUAUUUGUUUGAUCCUUGUGCGAAUCGGUAACAAAGUCAGCUUACCAGCACAAGACGUUACACCCACACAUUCCUGGAGAGCUUGAUGUUUAUGAUAAUGUCAAAUGUCUCCACAGUUGGUAGAUGAUGCAAAUAGUGUGAAACUUGGGCGCACCACUCAACAUACACUCAUAAAGUACAUAUGUUUUCUUGUAGUCUAAAGCAUUUAUUUGACUAUUUCGUUUCUGAAUUUUUAAGGUCUCCAACUCUGAACUCAUGUGUUCCAUAUUAGCAAUUUGUAAAUAACCAUAGACUGUAUAAAGAAUGGACGCCAUCUGCCUCCUCACUGGGUGAAGCCACUUCGAGAACAGCACCCUCUGGUGACGGGCUGCAGUAUAGGUCAUAAAUCCCGCCUCCGCCAGCAAAGCUAAUGGAGCUGUGGACAAAUUUUACAAAUUUGUUCCACAGAAUAUAAAUAUUUUUCCUCCCUGCUUGCAUUUUUGACAUGUAGUUACUGUAAAACUGGUUUGUGCUCAAGUUCUAUUUUUUCUGUACAGCUGUUUUUAAAAGUUAUAAGGGGGUUCAUGUUUUUAUGAUUGACACUUGAUACAGCCUAUGGGCGUACAAGAAUUGCGUAGCUCACCUGGGGCAUACGCUGUUUGAGCCGAGCGUUAGCACAGCGACUCUCCCGCUCAAUGUGUACAAUGCUACUGCACAAGUGGUGGAGUGCGCACAACGCUACUGCGAAAUGUCGGUUUCAGGAAAUGGAGAGAAAACGCGGAAUUACCAAGAGCUUUUCGGCUUCAAAUCCAUAUACUGGCGGAAGGCGGAACCAAGUUGUCCAUAGUAAAUACAGUCUAUGUAAAUUACAGAAAAACUGCUUUAUUUACUCUCUAAUAUAUUAGAAACCUGGUCUGUUUUUCACUCGAUUAAAAACCGUCUUGAACGAACACAAAAACGAACCUAGCUCCAAGAAACAAGCUACUAGCAUUUUAGCUAUCCCUCUUGAACAAAGUUAGCCAGAAAAUCCCAGAAAAAUACAGAUCUCUUGGUAUGAAACUACCCUUUUCUGUUUUUUUUUUUCAGUUUUAAUCAUGUCUUUGAGAGAAAAGUAGACCCAUAUUGAUGACUUGACUGAAGCUUGGCCUUGAGCGCAAAAUGAAAACUGCUGAGAUGUGACUAAAAAACAUUAGCUCUCCAGCCAACUUUGUAAUGGUUUUACAGCUCGUUGUGCCAACAUUUGUAUCCAUAUUUUUGACAAUGCAGACGGAUUUUAGUGCACUUUUAAGCUAACACAAGGGUGUCUACCAGUCUUAACCACAUUGUCCAAUUAGACUACUGCAGAAAGCAUGACUCCUGCCAAAUACCUUGUGUGAAUCAUAAAAACCAAAGUAAUCCUUGCAUGUAAAAACAUGCAAUCAGUGCAGCCUUUUUACUGUUAGCUCGAAGCUAUGAGUAAUUUCUUUUUAGAUCGGUUUUUAGCUUUGAAAAAACAAAGUCAUCAGGAGACUCGUGUUUAAACGUUUACAGGCGGUUGUUCGGUUAGUCAUGCAUCACUUUGGAUACAAUAAUGUGGCGUUAAAACAAAAGUGCUAAGCUUGGUGAUGUCUAAAACUGGGAAAAUACUGCAUUUCCAGACUAUAGUUUCAAUAUAAUACAGGCUAACUUGAGUGUAUGCUGUUAAUACACCAAUGCUUGUCAUACUACCUCCUAACACGUAUACGGUUCAAGCUAAUUUAACACUCCUGUGGGGUUGCACAAAGAAUUCAACCACCAACAUACAAACAUUUGCUACUUAUACAGCUUUGGAUUUAUUUUAAUGUCUUUAACGACAUGUAAAAUGUUACUUACAUUCAUAUGAUGCUUGUUGCUGGUUGGCGAGCUUUGCUAUAGUGUAGUUUAAGAGCCGUAUCGUACUCAUAUCCAAGGUAGCUAGCAUGAAUAGUUUGAUAGUUUUAGUAUGAUAGACGAUUCGUACACAGCCGAAAUGUGAGUGGGUGAGAAGUCUAAGGGGUCACAUGGUGAUUUGGAUGAUUCAUAGAAUCUAAUUAUAUUAUAUUAUAUUAUGAUUCAUAUAAUUUAAUUUUAGGGGGAAGCCUUAAGAUUAAUUUUCCGUUCAAUAUUCCUCUCCAACUCCUCUUUAAUUUUCUUGCACAGAUACAAAACUUAAGUGGCUUUUAAUUGAUUCCCAAGCAGCGGGCUGUGGCGGUGUCUCACAUGGCGAUGGCGCAUAUAGAGAGAUUAUUUCCCCUCAUUUCUGCAGCAACCAUAAACUCUGACGGCCGGUCUUGUGUCUUCAGCCUAUUGCAUGUAUCGUAUUAUUUCUGUGUAUCAGCACUUGUAGUGGCUUUUUUAACACUCCUCAUAAAAAGCUGCGACCAUUAGGUACAGCUCAGUCAACUGUCUGGAGUGAAACAUUAGUUUCGGGUCGUAUCUUUUCAACGGUCUUAUAUCAAUUUCAGUUGCAUAAUACAGCGCUUUGUUGGAUGUUUUAGAGUUAACAGGCUCUUAAGAACUGUACUCGUGGAUUUGCGUAUAUGAGAUGAAAGCUGGGUGUGACUUGUUGAGGGAGAGUAAAGAGCGAGUGAGAGAGAGAGAAAUAUGAAAUAAUGGUUCGGCUGUGUCACUACAAAGGUUGUUGACAUGGAGGAGUACUGUGCUUAAUGAAUAAUGGAUGUCGACUAAAGCAGCCCCUUUCCUAUUCAUUCUUCCAAGGCUGCUGCUGCUGCCACACAGGGAGUUGUGUGUGAUCAUCAUGUCAGCGCUUCAAUAUUUUCAUUGUGCUUUCUGUAAUACGAUGCAGUUUGAAGGCACUGGAGUGACUCCAAUAAACAUUUUCACACAAGGCUCAUUGAGAAGGACUGCUUACUUUAUUUGAUCAUCACAUCAAAUAAAUGCAGAAAAACAACUUUAACACAGAAGCUCUUAUUGUAGACACACAGCACACAGAAAGAAGGGAAUUUAACCUUGGUUUUUUAUCGUUUUCUCUUUUUAUUCCUGAGGGUUGUAAUUAUUAAAAGUGCGCUUGUCACAUCACAAAGGCCCGCAGUGAUGGUUACAAUUGCUAAUUCAAUGUCUGCCUUUUCGUUUUUAUGUUGAGCCAAAAAGGAACUGACGUGGCGAGCCUCUUCAGAUCUCUUCAUCAAAAGCACCUUUUAACUUCUGACUUUGUGUGAAGCUUGAUAGUGUUAAGGCUCUUAUUUGACUGUGAUGAAUGUGUCUAAAUGAGCGCCGGUAGAUGCAGCAUUGAGCCCUCGGUCAGAGGUUAGCUGACACGGCGCCCCGCAUGCUGAUGUGUAGGACUCAGGCGAAGAGCAGAAAGUGCUAAUGUAUGGGGUGAUAAUAAGAGGUGUCAGAGAUGAUAUAAAGACCAAGGUUAAAGGUAGUCUGGGGCAUGUAGUGCGUUCGGAGGUAAGACGAAGGGAUGGACCUUGAACAUGUUUCAUUAUAUUGAAUUCUUGUCAGCGUUUAAGAGGGGGCAAUUUCAGCUGCUGUUGUCUGAUAGAAAAGUACAGCUGUGUGGAAUAGAAAAAUAACGCGUGUAAGACUGCUUGACAAAGUUAGGCAAGUUCGUUUUAUUUCUUUGUUUUGUGUGGAGAACUUUUCAUGGGGGUUGAUUGGCGCCCCCUGUGGACAAAGUGGAACUCUUACUCCUUGUUAAGUGGUGUAACCUUGCAGUAAAAUCUCCUUCUGCUGUUUUUGGAUGCACACUGUCCAUCCUCACAUGGAAGAACUUGAAAGCCAAUAGGGGAAGCAAGCUCACUGACGAGGACUAAACUGAGACGUCCCGAGUAUAGAAUCCACUCAAUUGCUGCGUUUACAUGGGCACAAAUAAUCGGAAUAAAUGCCCGAUUGGCAUAAAAGUACGUCAUGUAAACAUGUCGAUCGAAAGAUUCUGAUCCAAUUCAGCUCAAUCGGAAAGAUCAAGAGGGGUGGUUUUUGCUGAUCGUUAUUCCGAAACGCAUCCAUGUAAACACUUGUUCUGAUCGCGACUCUCUAAUCUGACUCAAUUUUCACUCUUUAGCUGUUGUUUUAGCGAAAUCAGACAACUCUGCGCCUGUCCAAAUGCUUCUGAUCUGAAUAAAACUUGGUACAUGUAUAUGUACCAUGAUCAUGAUCGGAUCACUUGAUUUUGCACCCAUAUAAAAACUGGGGAUUCAGAUUAUGCAAUCUCUCAAAUUUUUAAUUGUAUCAAGAAGUUUUGCACUUGUAAACAUGGCUAUGAUAUUUGGUGACGACUGCAACCAAAAUGACAAAAAGAGGCGUGAAGGAGAAACUGCAACUUCGGUGGAUGUACCAGAAAGCUACAAUCGACGAUGAGAGAGGUUUCUACCUGUCCCUGUCUGAAGUAAUAAGGUUUACUAGCGCAGUAUGUGUGUCAUAUUAAGACUUGAAUCAAAAGAUGAAACCGCUUUGACUCUUUAAAGUUGCCUGCUCGGUGAAUUCAGCGCAGUGCAGUUUCCCCCUAAUCCUCUUUAGACCCUAAACUUAACAUUAUGAUGAUGUCCCUGAUUUUCAAACUGCUUUUUUUUUCAGCUUGAGGAACAUUGAGCAGAUUUCAAACCUCCAAGGGCCUAAAAUUAAUAAUGAAAGAGUCAGAAUUUACCUUGUUUGCACUUUGCAGUAUCUAGAAGCAGUGUAAAGACGUCUCUUGUGAAUUCAGGUCCCUGGGGAACUAUUUACUCCCAUUUGGGAAUUCUCGCUUAAACACUGCUACACACCACAGGGCAAGUCUAAGCAAGGAUGUGUUAUAUCCAGUUCUGUUGAUGCAUUCAUGAAGCAGCAAACAGUUAAGUAUUAGACUCUUAGGGCUCUUUUUUUUAUGGUGCGAGUGGGGGAGCUGAAAGUCACUGAUGCACAGACUUUGUCGUACUGCUAUUUCAGUCCAUGUGCAAAAGGUACUUAUUAUUCAUUUGUUUUGUAGAGAGAGAGUUUUUACAGUGGUUGCAACGACUCUGUUUGAUAAAUGAGGCACUCUAUCCUGAUAAAUGUGUUCAAAGAUAUUGUUCCAGAUGUCAGCGCUUAAAUGAAAUCUUCAUAUCUCAUACACGAUUAAACCUUGGCAUGUAGUUAACAUCAUUGUGCCCUUCAAAGAAGUUAUAUAGCCGGUCAGACAUUAGUCCACGGAGCCAUCAGUUAUCAUUUUGAGAAGGUGAUAUAAUAGGCCUGGUCCUCCAAGUCCUCUAGGAGGUAUUGAAUUGAUUCAUCUAUGUAAGGAAAUACAUGCAACACCACACCAUGACUUUGCCACGCUGACCUUCAGCUCCGGAGAUCUAAUCUAUAAAUUCUAUGCUGUGUCGUGUUAUGUAUGAAAGUUGGAUUGCGGCGGCGGCGGUCACAGGUUCACACACGUGCUCUCUUUGUUAUUUCAGUUUUAAGCGUUUUUUUUUUUUUUUCUGAACAAAACUAACCGGCUUUAUGUUGCUAAUCUGUGCAGCAUUUGGUCAGACAAUAUGUUUCCCCACUGGGAAAGCAAACUGUUGAGGAUAACACUCUCCCAAACACUGCCAAAGUCUGAUCUGUGCUCAGCCGCAGACAAUGCCAGAUUCAUUUCCGUUCGUUUUUAUUCACUCACAGUGAUGGCAUAUUUGUUUUAUCAUAAUUACAGCCUGCUUUGAUGCCAGUACAGAUUCAAUCAUGAGAAGCUGUUGGUAUUUUUUACCAAAGUGAGAGCUUAAAUUUGCAGCACAGUGCCACGUGUGCAUAUUCACGCACUAUUUCCAUUUUUAAUGCUAGAAAUUCAGCUUUCUAUUAAGGAUAUAAAUCCGCAAUAAAAUCAAUAAUGCAGAAAUCUGUGAAACUGCUCCUUAGUUUUAGCAUUUCUGCGUUUCCCAGGGAAUGAAUAAUCAGCAGCUUAUUUGCAUUUUCUGGUCCUUAAUUGUCUUUAACGUGAAGGUUUUCUGCACUCAGGGCAAUAGGACACAGGUAUCUUUAAAUAAUGGAGGACAGCAUCUUAGUGAAGCAGAAAACCUUGAAACUUUUUGUCUGUUUAGGGCAAAAAAAAAGUUUUACAAUACAUUUAAAACGGGCUAAAAACAUAUAGGGAUGCACCGAUCCGAUAAUUGGAUUGGAUAUCUGAUGAAUGACGCCGAUCCAGCAUUCCGAUCCAGUCUUUUUUUUCCUAAUCGCUCUAUAGUCUAUGUCUGUCUAUCCUUCUGCUCUAAAUGUUUACAUGGAAGUCUUAAUUCUUUUUGCUAUGUGUGCUAAUGUGCAAUUUGUUAUUUGUUAAUAAAUAAUAUUAAGUAAAUUUAUUCAUUUAUUCAUUUUAGAAAUUUAUUUGUUACCUUUUUUAACAAGGCUAAAGUCAAGCCUGAUGCCGUCACUCACAGGGCAAGGUAUACAGUUCAUUCAUUCAACAGUAGCAUAUCGUAUAUCAGACGAUACGCUCAGCCCAGGUAUCGGUAACGGAUUGUAUCUGGAAAAAAUGUAUCGGUGCAUCUUUAAAAACACAUCGUUUUCUCUGGAUAAUUGGCUUUGGACACUAAAAUGUCUGAAAACCUCUCCUCCAGUGAAAGAGGUGGCCACCAGAAAUCAUGUAUCCAACUUGUCUUAAACACAAGUUGAUUUUCAUCUACAUAUAACACAGAAGAAAAGCUUAUUCUUCAGUCUGAAAGCUUUCUUUAUUAAAAAUAUAGCAGAGUUUUAACCCUGAGGACAAUCUGUAGAUUUGAAGUAAUAAACGAAUCCCACUCAUAAAAGUGAAACACCGUCACAGAGAGAUAGAUACUGGAGCUGCUCAUACUCUCUUCAUUAGUGCACCGGUCUUGGAUGCAGUGCAAGCUACAUAUGGUGAUGAUAAUUGAGCAACAUGUGCUAACAGCCUGGUUCCUGUUGUCCCCGCCCCCACGUCCUACUGGUACACUUAAACAGAGGUUUGUUCGCCAAAAGGAGCAGCUCUCAAAAGCAGCUAUCGAUUAUUAUUGUAUCUGCUGCGCCUCAAAAAGCUUCCUCAUGGAGACGGAUGAGGAUGUCAUAAUAAUGAUGUGUCUCUGGGCCGGGUAUCACACAGGGCUGCUCUUCACAGGCCGAACCCCGGUCUGUGGGCGACUGCACACAAACGCUCAUUUACUGCUGUGGAACUACAAGCUGUUUGAAUCCCUGAUCUCUGCACUCUCUCUCUCUGCAUCUGGAGCUCACACAGAGCAGAAGAAUAAACAUACAUUACAGGAUAUGUAUUUUUAAUGCUGGGAGUCAGCAUCACCCCCUCAGGGCUCCUCACCUUUGUGUCGUUUAUCUUGUGCACAAUCAUUAAUUUGUUAUCCUGCUAGAAAUCACACGAGCAUUUAACAAAACAACCACACUUGAUGGCCUCGUUUUUAUAUCCGUGCGGUUUUUUUUCAAACAAAUCAAACCACAUCCUGCUCUGCCGCCCUGGUGGUUUCAAGAAAAUAGGGCGAUGCAUUUUCAUUAAACUAUCUGUUAAUUUUACAAUGCUUUGCAAAGGUAUUCACCUCCCUUUGGGGUUUUUAUUGUGUUACAACCUGGAAUUAAAGAUGAUUUAUUUGAGCUUUUCCUUAUUUGACUGACAAUUUAAACAGCAGCUCAAAAAGCAAACAUCUGUUUGGUACAAAUUUUACCUGGAGGCACUGGAUGCAUCUGUCUGCACGAGGAGUUGCACCAAUAUUUUUAUCUAGGAAUGUUUUGGACUCCUAUGUUGUCCUUCCCCGCUAUUUCAAUUCCGAUAACAACAGAAAAGCAUUAAGAUAAGUUAAAAAGAGGUUGCAUUUGUAGGAGUCAAAAUGUGUGUUGUGCAAGAAUCUACAUAUGGAAUUUUCCUGUAAUUGGUCCUACAUUUCCUUGUUUACCUUACAAGCAAUCUCACUGGUUUCUACAUAUUUGCGUCUUUAUCUAAACUUGUGGGCAGCCGAGUGUGACACAUGCCUGACAUUAGAGGCUGAAAAAUGCCCUCUCUGUGUGCUGCACAGAGGGGCUCAGACAGGAGACAGGAAGGGAUCUGAUCAUCAGAUCUGUCCUCCCUGGAGAGGGAACACGCCUCUCUCUCUGAACACACCGAGACACUCCCUCAUUUGCACUUUUUUUUAUGACCGCCUGGGAUGAACCAGGGUAAGACGAGGAGCCAGACAGAAGAGGCUGCGGCUGCAUGCUGAGAUUUAGUCUCCAGACAGAGAGUUUUUUGUGUUUAUGUGGAGUUUAGUUGUGAUGUUGUGUUUGAUUUGAGGCAAAAGUUGACUCUCUUGCAUCCAAGGCGGCAAUGUAAAAAAACACAACCAUGCUAGUGCAACAGAGCCUUGGUAUCAAUAAAUCAAAGAAUGGAGUUAGACAUCCUGUCAAGAGAUGAAUGUUGCCGACCGCUUGCUUCUCUAGUUAUACCAACUUUAGUGGCGAUCGCAAGAUAGCAAUACAGAGAGACACGCACUCAACCAAAAAGCCAUUCUUUAGCCUCAAAUACAGAGACCUCCGGGGCAAGUCCGUCUGCUGUGGGGUGACGCAGCUCAAUGAAGAACAUUUAUGAUCAUUUCUUCAUGGAAAUGCAAUCAGACCGAGAUGCUAAGGCAGAAGAACCACCGCGUCUGCAGAGCAAAAUGAUUCAUAUGAUGAUUAUUACUUCAAGGAAAUGAUAAAUUAAUAAUCAUAAAUGUUCUUCCUUGAGCUGCGUCCCCCCCGCUGCAGUCGAUGGACUCGCCAGAGGUCUCCGUACAAACAAGUGGCUGCUGGAAGAGAGUAGGUGAGUUGUGUUUAGUCUCUUUGCUAAAGAAAUCAGACAAAGUUAAAAAGAUGUUUGGUGACUAGUACUAUGGCUGGGACUCUAUAUGUACUGUUGAUGAAGUUAGGUGCUGUUCUGAGCAUUAUUUGUGGCUAUAGAGUGGCUUUUUGGUUGAGCGCGUGGCUUUCUGGAUUGCUAUCAUACAGUCGAUACUAAGUCGCAUCUCUUGACGGGAUGUUUAACUUGGUGUUACGGUGUAUUUGACCCCAACUUAAUUUUACGCCGGAAUAUCCCUUUAACUUAUUGUCGCCCUGACUCUCGUAUCACAUGGAUGCAUGGUCGCUCUUUGUGGACUAUCCCUCCAAUUUGGCCAUACGCUAUUAUAUUGCACAUUAAUUUAUCCAUGCAUAUCAUAUCACACUGUCAUCGUCUCAUCGUAUCUAAUCAAAACAUACUGUUGUUUGUAUUGUAUCAUAUCAUAUAUCAUACAUCAUAUGGUAUUGCGUCAUAUCUUAUUGUUUCACAUUGAUUUGUUCUGUAUCUUAUACCAAACAUACUCUACAGUCAGGUUGAAGCUUCCCUUGUAGUAAUUGUGAGAUCUAAUAUUUAUCUUCCCAUCAGCAGAUGUGACAUCUGAACAGGCAGAAACCCUGAGCAGAUCCAGACACAGGUGGAUAGCCAUCUGCUGUGACUGAAAAUGGCAGCAUGAGAAAGACAGUGAAGGUUGCAGUUGACUGACUGACAAGGACAAGGGCAGACAGCGACACAUGGGAGAGAACUUUGCUGCAAUUUCAGGAAAUAACAGCUGCAGGAAAUAAAUAAAAAGCCUUCUACCGCUACCGACUCAUCACAUCCAGCAGCUCGGCCUCAGCAGGGGACUAGUUAGCCGCUUAGUUAGCUAGGGAGAUGCCUUCAGUCUCAAGGCAAAAACUCAUUAGUGCAGACUAGUUGGAGUCCAUUUUCAUCCCGUUCGGCUCGAGCUGCUCACAGUUUUCUCAUGUGUGGCAGCAGAGGGUCCUUCAGCUGUGUGCACUUUCGUCUUAAAAACAGACCAAGCUCCUGCGGCUCUGCUUGAUUGUUUUCAUUAGUCUGGCGGCAGAAGCUUGAUACCGGUAGCCGCCGCCUUGGCUGUCAUUUUCCAUCAGCUCCAUAAAGAAAUAUAGGAAGGUGAGGCAGAGGGGUUUGUUUUUAUAGCUUCCCCACCCAUGUUGUUACUAUCAUAUCAAUGUGGAGUCUGAUAUGAGACCUCCAUGCUCCAGGCCACACGGUUUACCCUGCAUUCCUGUGUCUGUAAUGGGUUAUCGCUGCAAUACGUAAAGGGGGAGGGGGGUUGGGUGGAAAGAGCGGUGGGAGAAAAUAAGGGGGCUGGGUGUAUGUUUUACUUGAAACUACAACCACAACUGGGGAAGAUGAAACAAAGGCAGCUGUGGUUUCCACUGCCAAAAUAUAUCCAACCCCCAUGAUGAAGAGGAUUUCUUUCUUUCAUUUGCAUGUGUUCAAUUAGGGUUUCUUCAGAUCCUGCUGGGGUGGGAUGGGGGGAAGGGGGGCAGAGAUCUCCUCACUUCAAGCACACAGAAGCUCACUGAGAUGACAUGGUUACAUUUGGGUUUGGAGAUAAUUUCUUUGAGGGGUGAUGUCUGCAGUAAUGAGGAGAUGAGUUUACCUUUGAGUUAUCUUAGUGCAAAUAUUAGCCGGAAUGAUGGACAGUCAAUGGACGGGAUAAUAAUGUGCAUAAAAAAACACCCCAACAGCCUCUUGAGAGCAAAGCUUUGGUCCAGUACCUCUUAAGACUCAACACUCCAGGUGUGAUCUUUGAAAAAUCUGCAGACUGAUGUAUAAAAAGAGAUGGACAAGCCUUUCAAACAAAGAGUUCAGCUCUUUGUUGAGCAGGUCUGCUCAUUGCUGGUGACCUUUGAAUGUGCAGCAGAUUUGGAGUGAUUUUCUAUCAACGCCCUGCAGUCUCUGAUGCCUCUCCGGCUUUGAUUACCAGGUUUAUUUACAUACACAUGAGGAACAACACAGAUGUGGAUAUUUCAGAUUUGAUCAUAACAUCUAAGUGCAGCAUGGAUGGGCCAUCAAAUGCUAAAUGGUAAAGGGGGAGUCAUUUGUGCAUGCAUGCACUUGCUUCUCUAGUUAUACCAACUUCAGUAAUGACUGCAGAUAGCAUUACAGAGAGCCACGCGCUCAACUAAAAAGCCGCUCUAUAGCCACAAAUAAUGUUCAGAACAGCACAACUUGCCCACUCUCUUCCAGCAGCCGCUUGUUUGUACAGAGACCUCCGAGGCGAGUCCAUCGACUGCAGCGGGGUGAUGCAAAAUGAUUAAUAUGAUGAUUAUCACUUCAAGAAAAUUAUAAAGUAAUGAUCAUAAAUGUUCUUCCUUGAGCUGCGUCACCCCGCUUCAGUUGAUGGACUUGCCCGAGGUCUCCGUACAAACAAGUGGCUGCUGGAAGAGAGUGAGUGAGUUGUGUUUAAUCUCUUUGCUAAAGAAAUCAGGCAAAGCUAAAAAGGUGUUUGGUGGCUAGUGCUAUGGCUGCGACCCUAUAUGUACUGUUGAAAUUGGGUGCAGUUCUGAGCAUUAUUUGUGGUUAUAGAGUGGCGUUUUGGUUGAGCGCAAAUUUCAAGAUGUUGCAAAAGCUUAUAAAGCUAAUAUAAACUUAUUAAAAAAACUUAGCUAAAUGACUAUUUGAAAGCUUUUAAUAGCCAAGUUGUUUUUGCUCUAAAUGAUGAAUAUGCUGCCAAUUUAGAGAACAUGAUAUCAUACUGAAGGACAGGGUUAACUGCAGCUAACUACUAUUGAAGCUAAAUUAGCUUAAAAUGCUGCAUGCAUUGUUUGUAUUUUGAGUCUCUCUACUGCAAAACCAAACUAACUUUUAAAUAUUUGACACUUUUUUAAAGACUCUUUAAGACUUCCAAUGUUCAGAGAUAAAAGAUGCAGCUUUCUAUAUCAAGGUUACUAGACUUUGCCUGUCAAUGUGCUCCCAACAUCCUUAUUAGUCAUUUCUUCAGUCAGGGUGACGUACGCAUUGAAACAUGAUGUGAGUAUUUACUAAUCCACUGUGAGUUUCCCUCCUUUUGAUGGGGUUAUGCCGGCGUGUCGGAGAAAAGCUGGAGUGAAUUCCAACAGUCUCCCUCAGAGUCGCGUCAGCUGAUUGGCAGCUACUCUGAUGUCAUUUGUUUUUGAGGGGCAAGGACAGGUCACGCUGGCUGAUCUGUGUUCUCUUUCAAGUCCUCUCUCUCUCUAGUCUCUGCCUCCUGAGUCUUCAGAUUUCUCUGUCCUCACUGCCUGGUUAAAGUAGAGCCCACUGACCCCCCUCUUUCAACAGUCUUUCUUUUGAGUUUCCUCCCUUUGACUCACAUUAAGACAUUUUAUUAUUAGAUUACUAAUGCUGAAAAACAAAGUAUUAAGAUUAGCUUAAAGUCCGGGGUCUGGCAUGACUGUUUAACUGCAAAUAGUAGCUGAGAUGAAGUCUGUUUGGCUCAUACCAAGAAACAAUUCACCAUUUCAACCCACUUCACAACAUUUAACAACACCAAUAGGCUAAUUGGACUAGUUGAGGUCUUAAUCUGACAAAUCCAGUCUGAUUGUUGGGGAUUCUGGGGGAUCUUGGGCCCCUUCAUGGACUGUGAGGCUUGCCGCUUGUCUAAUCACUCCUGACCCUGUUAGCAAAGAGUCCUCCUUUGUUACUGUGCGGUACUGUCAGUUCUGGGGGAACAAAAAGAGCCAUUGUCUUUCUUUGCUGCGACUGGGAUAGAAGUAAUCUGUAGCUGUAGAGCGGCCUCAGGAUUGUUAUAAUCCCGUUUCAGUAUUAAUGACAGUCUAAUCCGCAUAUUUUUUGACCCUCCGGAGAGGCUGACAUGGCAUCUCUGUUGUUAUUUGCUUGUGUAAUGUCAAUGAUUCCCAAAAAGAAGGGGGGCUUGCUUACAGCUUAUGUCACUAGGGAGACAAUAUCCUGUUCAGAUUUUGUGUGCUGCGUUUGCCAAGAUGCUGCGGCGGUCUGAUAGCGGCGCAGACAAAGCAGGGUUGUCAUGUCGCUGGAUUCAGCAGAUACAAACGUGGAUUCACUUUGAUUUCAACCAUCUUUUCUUUUUCUGAGGCAAACAGGGAUUGUUUUUGUGUGCGUUGGUUUCCAUUGUCGGCGUGGAAAUUGUCAUGCUUGAGACCAGUGGAAUAAUUGCAUGCCUGAGUGGAGCAUGCUGGGAUAUGGGGAAGGGACCAUGGGGGUGUGUUUGUUCGCCCAUGCACGACGUACAGCGGGGGCAAAUGACACAAAUGGCAAAAUGCUGCUCUCAGAAGGAGCUCUUUUUCUCUCUGUUUGACAUAAAGGGAAGCAGAAGUAGGGGAGUGCAUGUGUGUGAAAUCCAUCACACAGCUGCGAGCUUGGCAGAGUGAUCAGUAACCCCCCCCCCAUCUCUGCCUCAGAGCCCUGCCCACAGCUCCUUAUCUCCCCUCCAGAGCUGAGCACAUGGGCCUUUUGUUUACAGCUCUUUCCAGUGAUCCAUACCACUAAUCCUCCAGACAGGUAGCACAACUCCCUGACAAGACCCCAAUCUUUCAUUAUCCAGUGAUGGCCAAGACUGAUUCUGACUGGACUGGAGCAGCUGAGAUAGCGUCAGUGCUCAAUAUGGCAAGCGAAAGAAGCAACUUCUGGAAAAAAGUGUGUUUUUUUAAUCUCUGAGAUGUCGUUCGGAUACAUCAUCUGUAACACCCCCUGAAGUUAGAAUUCCAACUUGGCAACAAUCAGUACGUUUACAUGACACUCGAGAAAACCAAAUUAUUGCUUUACUCUGAUUAUGACCGGGCAACUGAAGUGCAUGUAAACACCUUAGUCCGACUAUAAUCAGAGUUUCAGAACUCAGAUUAAGACACUGAGAUAAUGCGGUUGGAAUUCAAUUUUCUCGACCAUGUAACCAGCGUAGUCGAAGUAUGAUCGGACAAUGCCUGUAUGCGUGCGCCAUGCCCCCGUAGCCCCGGAACAAAAACACCAGAAAAGAGGAGUAGCGUGCACCUCAUCUGCAGAAAAAGUAGUGCGUACAUCAUGUACAACAAAAACACGAUGCUCCAUCUUCUUGUUCGGAAAUGCCCAACAGCAGUUGUAGACACUUCUGGGUCAGAAACAGCGCUGCUGAAAAGACCCAUAUCGCCCCCUAGUUUUGGGGAGGAAGAGACGUUCACGUCACUAAUUUGCCUGGUAUUAGCUUACAGUGCUGAGGUCUGACAUUUGGCGUCUAAAAAGCGCCAAAGGAACCCAAACUCGCAAAACUGCAGUUCUUUAAAUGUCCACUUGAGGCAGACUCAAAAGUGAGUCAAUCCCCAUGACAACUAAUGCUGUAUUGUUCAUUUUUAAAGCAGAAUUAAACAGACAAGAGACAAAAGGAAAAAAAAGGUUUUAGUUGCUUUACCUUUUCAUUUUCUUUCUCUAUAGGUGUUGAUAUUUAAGACCAGUCAAUUUAAAGUAGGUAUGGUAUAUAAAAGCUCCUGUGAGGAAGUUUUGGUAGAUGUUAAUUUCUGGCGCUUCUUGUAGACAAAGCACGUCUUAUGUAUCUUUAAUAUAGAAAUAUUCAGUAAAGAAAAUGUAAAAACCUGGCUGUCUCCUCGGCUGCAUUGCUGACACCUUUACUUUGAUUGCGGGUAUUAAAAUGUACAAAAUACAAUCCUCAAUCUUAUUCCUGAGGGUCUUGUUUGAUUUUGUAUAUCAUUAAAGGCAUCACACGACUUGAUCUGUCAGCUGUGUUUGUUUUGGAGAUUUGCUGAUUGAAAUACUCAACAAUUAGACUGACUGUUUUUUUUAAGACAAAUCUGGUGUGUUAUCUAUACUGUACAUCAGCAGUCAUUAGCAGGUUUUGUUUUUUAGUGUGUGCUCUUUGUAGGCAAUCAGUGUAUAAACUCACUUUGGCAUGGACUGCCUUUAUAUGCUUUGUUAACUUGCCAUACAGCAGCUAAAAAGAUAUUUACUACAAGUGAUAAAUGGGGACAAAGGAAGUAGACUUCUUAGAGGCAGAAAUAUGCAUCAAAUAAAUUAUCUAGCAUUAUCAGACACCCCGUCCUCCUCCAACUUCAUCACUGAGAACUUUGAGUAGUGCACUUUUUGUACUUUUCUGUUCCUUCCUACAUCCAUCACUUCACACUUUAAGAGUGUGUAGAAAGAAUUGAACAAUACUGUUUCAAACUAAGUCUUCGGAUAUGUUAGCCGUCAGUUUUAGUUCUGAAACUUUUAGACAUGUUUUCAAAUGUGUCCGUCUUCUCAGGCUUUGUGAGAAGUUUCUGUUGUGGGUUGGCGUAAAUAAAAGCCCACGCAGAGAAAAAGACGUGCCUCAGCUGUCUGAAACUUUCCACAGGGCGGUAAAAAGAUAAAAAGUGACAGGAUACAACUCCAGCAGUUUGUCUUGUUUAAUUCACAAGCAACGUACGAAAGAGCACUGAUGUUUUGGAUCAAUGGAGCCUGACAUUAAAAUCACAAAGACGCUCAAUUUGUAUCGACGUGACGGACUUUGAUGCAGUAAGUUCUUAAAAAUGUCAUUAAACUACUGAGUGGAAAUAGAGUCAGUAAAGUUUACCGGGAAGCCCAGUGGUGCAUGAUGGUAAAAGUUCCGUGGCCUUUUUAAUGAUCUAUUAGUCUCAUAAGCCUGAUACAACACCACAAGCAAAAGAACAUAUUUGCGAUAAGCUAUAAAUAAUGCACAUCACCUCGACGAAUAAAUCAAUGCCUUGAAAAUAAAUCCCACCUGCCAAUGUCCCCUAAGGUCAUUUAUCAUUUCCACUGGCUGGAUUUAUCACUGGAAUAUCACUGCAGAGCCUUUUAAAAAUGUAACAUUAUCUUGAAUCAGCAGUCUUUGGCUCUGUAUAUGUAGAAAAUCAAUGGUGUCCCAGCUCUAGUAUGACUGGCCAUCCAUCAGUCUGUGAGUGAAGCUGUAGACGAUGUGCUGAAUGGACAAUUUCCUGUUACCUGCUAAAGACAGGGAGUAUUACAGCGAGAGCUCCUCAAAUCAUGAUUUCCCUCUGGGUUGCUGUAACUAAUAGGAAAGAUUAAAAUACCAAAUUUGAGCCCCUGGAUGAUUCGAAAUCCAAGAGAUGUAAUUCAAUCGUAACUUUCCUUUUUGAGAAACAUCGAAUUGUGGUCGAUGCAUCUCCAAAUCUGAUCCUUUUGCCCUCCGAGCUGCAGCCUGCGGCCUUCAGUAUGUUUCACGUUACACACACCAGAUGAUAAUGCAGCGGAGUAUUUACAGGACUACUUCCUGGAAGGAGGAGGGGGAUAGGGUGGGGGUUGCGAGUUCCCCUCCCUCUCUCUGAUGACUAGAUUACAGUAUUUACUCGUGUGCGCUGCCCUGCUCGCAGAUCAGCUGUAGUGAUGCCUUUGAAGAGUAGGAUGUAAAGAGGUCUGAGAAGCUUAUUUCCAGAGUUGUUUUUUGAGUGUACUGGAUGUGACUCUGUAAAUCACCCGUAUCCUGUUGAUCUGAGCUUAAAGGGUGCUCUUCCUAUGAGCCUUCCCUCCUGUUGUGAGGACACUUCACAGUUGACGAGGCGACCCAGAUCACAUUUGACUUAAGGUUGUAAUGCAAGAACUUGCAAUAGAUUAGAGCGUUAACAGCAGGAUUCAGCGUGACAGUUUUGUUUAACUUCAGAAAGGAUAAUCAAGCCACUCCUGACCAAUCAGAGCAGGCCAUAGGGUUCCUAUGCAAGUGUAGAAAGUAAGGAAAAGUACGGAAGUAAUUUGAUCAAUUUUGGGGUCUUAAAAAGUAUGGAAAAAUGUUUCUAAAAUAGCAAAGUAGGUAUUUCCAAAAAUAAUUCUAAAAAGUAGUGGAUGGAAAAGUAUGGAAAUCCCAACUGUGUAGGAACCCUGAGGCCAAUAGAGCAACCAAGUACAAAUCAUCUUCAUGUCAUGACUUUAAGAUCACGUACUCGCUUGUAGCCUAAGUGAUAAGGGUUUUUCGUACCCUACAUAAAUUUGGCCACCCAGCAGUGUAGAUGUUUUCCAGUCGACUGCUUUACAGUAGAGGCUUCCUGUUUUUAAAGCAGUAUGUAGAGCCACCACAGCCAGCCAAUAACAUCUGUAAAAACCCACUGUACGGUACCCUCUGAGCGUCACAGAGCAACAUAAGCAGCUUAAAAAGGAUGAAGAGCCAGAUAUUUCCCUCGGGAUUUAAAGGCGAUUGAAAAGAAAUGUCAGGAAAAAAAAAGGGUAAAGACUCGAUAUACAGCACACUCAUCAGGUGGAUUCAACAUGAGUCCAACUUCAUGCACACGACUUUGCCAACAAGUUUUUAAAUUCACAUGAUAUGGGCUUCGGUUAGCUCCACGCACUAAAGCCACUGUCGUCAUCACAGUGGUUACAGGGUCAGAUCCCUUUCAUGACCCUUCGCUCCAAUAUCCCCACAUUUACUCUCGCUAUUCAGCUGCAAAAGCACCUUUUUUGUUGCAUUCAAAGUGCCAGAUUAUAUCCUUGUCCCACAGACUCACACUUGGUGUCACAGUCCCUUAAUCCAUAGGGGUGGGAGAAAAAAUCGUAUUGCUGUUAUUUUUUUUAAUUGAUUUUUAUGUUCAAAUAUCACUUUUUUUUUUUUCAAAUUUAAGAGUAAAUCUUAAAAACUGACUUACAUGUGAUGUGUAUUUUUUGGGGAAAAUAUGGUUCCUAGAAUAGUCAGUAGACAAUCAUAAUCAUUCAACUGUUUCACUGGUGUUAAAAAUGCAGACUAAUGAUAUCGUAGAAUCGCAAUUUAAAUCAAAUCGGCAUCCAAAAAAUCGUAGAAGAAUCGAAUCGGGAGAAAAGCAUAUCGUCCCAGCCCUAUUAAUCAACAAAGAGAGAGGAUCAAAAUCUUAAAUUUAAACUUGGUGAUUCUCGGGAUUGCCGUAAAACUUUGAUGGGUCUUUUAUUUGCCUUUACUGAAGUAGAAACCACACUUUUAUUAGAUGCAGGUUUUUAUAUCAAAGUCUAACAUAGUUUUUAUCCUCCUGUUGUCAAUUUAUAUUCUUCUAUAUUAGAGGAUUUACGGUAACAGUUUUCCAACUUUUAAACUAGUGAAGAUUCAUGCAAACAAAAUAUGCUAAUACAUGUAACUGGGUCACUUUUUAAAACUUGUCUAUUUUUUUGGUCCAUCCAACAUUUUGCCCCCGUGUGACUUCUACAGACAGUUUAACUGCUGCCAGUAAACCGUUGGUCUAAAUCGGCCGUAAUCUGUUUUUUCCUCCCAAUAUUUAUUACAGAAUGAGUCAUUUUUAGAAAACUAAUACUUGGCUUUUGAGUGUGAGACACACCCAUGAUAAAUGUUCUGGGUCAUAGCUCAUAAAUAUGCCAUUUCCUCUUCUAAUCUGGCUUAAUAUGCCACCAGACUGUGCCAGCGUUUAGCUAACGAUGACAUCUGUGUUGGCGUAUCCAGAGCUUGUAACAGUUGACAGGAAGUUGGAGCACUUCUUUUCCUCUCGUGUGUACUUUUAUUUUUCUUUCAGGGGGUUUAAAUCUGUCCUUUUGCUCUUCAUCCCCUCCCUCUGUUUCUUUUUAGUUCUCAGAGUCUGGCUAAUUUUAUAACUCCAGCAUGUUCGGCUGUAAAGCCCGGCUUACAUACAGGAUAUGAUCUAACUGUUUCUCUUCCUGCUCGUGGACAGCUAGGCCUCUGAGUCAGCGUCACACAAACACAAAGAAAUGAAGUAAGUCCUCUGACCAGAAGCCAAAGAAUUUAGAUUUUAGUCUGAGAAAGGACACGAGGGGAUUUGUCAUGUUUUAUUAAUCAUACUGCAUCUUUUGUCAAUAUACGUGUCAGUCAACCAAUCGACUGACCUUUCUGUAGCAACAAUCAAACAUGGAUAAAUAAACCCAUUCCUCAAAAAGAGCAUUGUCCCAUGUUACCUCACAGCUACGUUUGUGUUUUGAUUUCUCUCUCCGCUUCCUUUUUUCACUAUUUCCAUGUGAAACAAGAGGAGGCGUCUGUGGCUCUCAAUCUCUCUCUCCAACGUGUGAAUCGUGUCCGUUCCCAGACAACGUUGUGCAGACAGACAAGACAUGUAGCCUUGGGCUUCAGCCAGAUAUACACACAGAUAGCUUGAGAAAUCCACAGGGCAUAUUUCUCCCAUUGUGUGGGUGUGCAUGUUUUUUUUAUACUUGGCCGUUAAUGUCAGUCUAUUGUGUAUCAGAGGGGUUUUGUAACCGUUUAUGUGUAAAGAUGUGUCUGCUUUUUGUCCUGGAAUACCACCAUUCCUCCGCCGUGAAUUUUAACCAUGUUGGAGUUCAUGGAGUUUAAGUGUUGCAGGGAAUUUUCAGCUGGGGACUUGUUUAAUCCUAACCCUGUUCCGUCUGAGCGGCUCCUGGGAGAAUAAGCUUUGGGAGAGGAUGUGAGCGGAGGAAGGGAAGAGAGACACCAUCACUAGGGGGGCGGGGGGGUGUAUCGGAUUGUGGGAUGAAAAGCUGAAUAAUGUCUGUUUUUACAUGCUGGAGUUAUAAUGAAGCGGGGAUUUUAUUAAAGCCUUUGCCCGGCUGGAAGUCGUGUCUGGGUCUUGGGACUGUGAAGUGGAUUGAUAGGCUGUCCAGACUGGUCUUCUAUUUUACUGCUGUUGAACCAAAACGGCAUAAGUUAAUGCCAAAUCAUGUCGGAAAAUGGAAUAUAUUCGAGAACUAGAGGAUGCCUCUGCACAUUUGAGGACAUAGUUUAAGUUUAGCAGCAAUAUUUCUCACGUUGAAAUUAGGGGUUUUCCCGAUAUGAUAUUAAUAUAAGAUAUCGGUGCGAUAUCAGCAAAAAAAAAAGAAAAACGAAUUUCGGAUUAUAUUGGCCUUUGUCUAAAAUCUCUGAUAUCAGCACUCCAAUAGAAACAGUCUAUUUCAGACUCCGCUCUGGCACCUCAAUCUAGCAUCACCCAGAUUCAGCAUGCAGAGCUCAUGUGAUCACAACAACAGUGAGUACUAAGAUAGUAACAAAGUACCAAGGAGUAGGAGUGAUGUCUGAAAAAGACAUUGCAGCCAAGUGCAAAACUUCUCAUGCACAAGUCGAAAAUCGAAUAUAUAUCAGUAUCGGCCAAUACUGAAGGCUACACUAUCAGUAUCGUAUGGAAGGUAAAAAAGAAAGUUGUAUCGGGACACCCCUCAUUAAAAUCAAAUUCUAAGAGACAACAAACUGAGGUGUUGAUAACUUGAAGUUGUUUUAUUUAGUGUUUUUAUCAUUUUCAUGUUGAAUAGGUUUGUUAGACCUCCAGUUAAUCUGUCAAUCUUGAUUUAUGUAGCGUAAAUCCACAACAAGUGUUAUCCCAAGAUGCUUAACUAACAAGCUGGUUUAGACCGUACUUGAUUUACAAAGAUCCAAUAUAAAGAUAGGAUUAGAUUGAGCCCCGUCUCAUGAAAGCGGACUGUCUUCCAUCCAAUUUUCAACCACGAGUUUAGCACACAGGUUACAGAGGAGAGGAAAAACUUCCUUUAACAGGCAGAAACCUCGAGUAGAACCAGACUCAUGUUAGACAGUCAUCUGCAUUGGGUUUCGAGAGGGUAUAGAGGGAGAUGCAGAAAGAGAGAGGUCAACAGAGGUGACACUAAUGUAAAGCAGCUGGAGGACUCGUUUUUCUAUUCCACUAACUUCCUAAAAUGUUAACAUGAAAUAUGAAUCUUCCGCGAGCUUAUGAAAGCUUUUACUCUAAACUACCUCUGGGUAAUUGCACCUGUCCUUUGCAGCGUUUUCUCACCUCUUUUCUUGAUUAACUUUGGUCAUUUCCUACAUUGCCAGGGCUUAGUCCAUCACUCUGCAGGUUAUUGAUCCAAGACAGCCACAGGUGAGUAUUAAAUCAGGCUUCUCAUUUAGCUACCCACUAAAUGAAUAAAACUAUUGAUGUACUCUGUCACAGACACAGUCGGCCUGUAAAUGAUCCUGCCUGGACCCCUCUAGGAAAUUUCCAGAUAUUUGAUUAUAACUGAGAUUGCCAAGUUUAGAGGAGCUGCUAUAUGAUAUUAUCACACUCGCAUCCUGCUUGCUUUGGCAAAAGGCCACUCAACGGUUCUCAGUGGACCCUGAUGCCAAGAUACACCGGUGUGUCUGCGACUGAAACGGACAAGGGAGGAAGUCUGGACUGAGCUCUGUAAGGACACGGUUUUAUUCACACCUGAUCGUAAAGGCAUAAAGCCCACACGUGUGCUCCUUCCUGCAGCGCCAUUUAUUCCAAUUUCUACUGCUAUGGUUUUCAUCUCAGGUCUGAUUUUGCCCCCUUUCAGGUUUGCCUGUAAACACCAUAAAUCACAGCGAGGGUCAUCACUUCUCUCACUUUUACAUCUCUCUCACCGUGACUGUGUGACGCAGGAGCUAGACUGCUGUUGCUCCUGCUGUUCUGUUGCAAUUAAAGCCUUGUCAUUGGAAAUUUAACACCUCCACAUUACUGCUCAUCUCAUUAUUUUCCAUUAAGCUGCGUUAAGAAAAAAGUCACGCUCCCUUGUCACCUCUACUGCCUGGAAAAAAGAGUGAAUUUUUCAACAAGUUUGAAAGGAAACGUCGAUUUUAUUGUGAAUAUUCCAUCACAGAUUGAUUUAAUUAAAUAUUCAGGAGUGAGAAAGUUAUAACACGAGGGGGGAAAAGGGCUAGGGGAAGGUCUUAUACAGAAAUAGAGUUCAUUAUAUAUUUUUCUGUCCUGUUAAUCAUGUCACAACUAUUUAGAUUUAUCGUCCAACCCACUGGCGAAGUCCUGGACUGGUUGCGUUUUUUGGAAGUGUCAUUCAAUCGCAGGUCAAAGAGGACUUCUGUAAACACGGGGUAUGUGGGAGUGAUGCUGUGGCCUGAUAGCAACUCACAUGUCCCCUCUGUGGUUGAAGUGGCACCCUUCUAUUUGGCUGUGUGUGUGUGUGUGUGAGAGGGAGAGAGGGGGACAGCAGUUGCCCUCAGAGCUUAUCUCUAUAAAUGGAUUUGUGUUGCUGCAUUCACAGAUCUCUGUAUGAUGCUGUAAUCUGAUUGACCACAACCCCGGAGAGGCGGUGGAGUCAAAGAGCCGGGAGUGUGUUUUUGUGUGUAUGUGCGGAAAAUUCAUGAGGUGUCCACCUGUCUCAGAGCUGGUAUUCGUCACCUCUGCUCCGUGUGUUUUCAGCUGAGCUCACAGUCUUGUCCAGGGAAAUAACAUCUGAGUGAGAGUUUUGGUGAACCUGUGUUUUUUUUUUUGUUUUUUUUCGAGGCUGCAGCUGGUAAUCUAACACCUGCAGAAGAGCACAUGUUAGAAAAUCUGUCAACGCUCAUACACGCAGCAGAGAUCUGACACACUGCCAAAUACGAAGUGUCAAUUCUAUUUAUCGCCUGUAUGUGUGAUGUUGCCGUGAAAAGUGUGUAUUUUGAACGCAAAUUUGCACUUUAGGUUGUUCCUGCUGAUUGUGGGAUAACAGCGUUUGCACUUCUAUUUUAAUAAACACCAGAGUUCAGUCUGCAGAUGUUCGACAUCUUAAUGAUUGCACAAACGUCGGUUCUUCUUUUGCUUUCUCUUUUUUUCCCCCAUCAUGCCUCUACAUGCUCACGGAGUCGUGCAACUUUACAACCCAGACUGAUUUUGUUCAAUAACACCCAUGUUUGUUUGUUUUUAUAUUCUGAUUGGUCAAAACCCGAUCACAACACUGAUUAAAGCUCCUGUGAGGAGUUUUUUAUGGUAAUGAAACAGUCUGUAACUCAUAUUGAUGCCUUCUUGUGACAAACAAAAGCAAAUAAGACGAAUAAUAAUAAGAUUGACUGUAAUAAUAUUGACCAUUGACUAUAUAUAGAAUGGACGCCGUCUGCUUCCCAGCUAGGUGAAGCCACCCUGAGAACAGCACCCUCUGGUGACGGGCUGCUGUAUAGAUCACAAAUCCUGCCUCCUCCAGCAAUCCCUAUGGAGCUGUGGACAAACUUUAGACAUUUAUUAUACAGAAUAUAAAUUUUUCUCGCCCCUGCUUCCAAUGUUGACAUGUGGUUACAGUAAGACUGGUUUGUGCUCAAGUCCUUUUUUUUUCUGUACAGCUCCAAUUUUUAAAGUUAUAAGGGGGUUCAUGUUUUCUAUGAUGGACACUUGAUACAGCCUAUGGGCAUACGAAUAUCGCGUAUCUCACCCAGGGGAUAUGCUGUUUAAGCCGAGCGUCAUCACAGCGACUCUCAACGACUCUCCUGCCAGAUACGUACAAUGCUACUGCACUAGUGGUGGUUUCAAGAAGUGGAGAAAAAAACGCGGAAUUACCGAGAGCUUUUCGGCUUCUAAUCCGUAUACUGGCGGAAGGCUGAACCAAGUUGUCCAUAGUAUAUACAGUCUAUGGUGUCAGCCAAGCAGCCCUGUUUUUAUAUUUUUAUUAAGUAUUCCUUCUAAAAUAACAUAUUUCAUUUGAAAAAAAAAAUCAGCAGGUUGAGAUCUUUGUGAGAAGAAAUUUCAGAAGGAUAUAGAGGACAGGAUGAGCAAAGACUGCCUUAUCUACAGGAACAAAAGCACAAGUGACUUUAGACACAACCCAGUUACAUCAUAUCUAUAUCUGCAGAGAAGCCCACCACAUUUCAACUCUUCCUGUUGAAACUGUUACAAAAAUUUUCAGUUCCUUAAAUCAGUAAAUACUGUGCCAAAUGUUAGGCAGCACAGACUUAAUUGUAGCCCAAGGAGCUUCAGGACUCUGAGUGAGAUCCCUGCUUACCCUAAUUUGCACAACCAUCAGCUCUGUAUACACUAUUGUCCCUUACUGAUUCAGCACUUUCUCUACUUUAACCUUUCGAAUAUAGAAGCUUGGUCCCCGGCUUUAAAAUGUAUCAAGUAGAUGCUGCUCAAAGCAUCUGUUUGGCACUCCAAGGGCUUUGCACUUUGGUUAAUAAAUGCUGGGGGCCAGUACCAGCCUUCAGGAUGUUUUUCCACUAAGAUUUCUAGUCAGUCUAUACCUUGGGCCAUCUCAAGAUGAUAAUGACCACUCGGAGCCUGGGGCCGUUUGGCCUUGGGGGUCCAAAAACGCUCUUUUGGAAAAAUGCUUUUCAGUGUGAUGAUGUAAAUCCAAGAAAUAAGCAUGACCCUGGCAUCUUAAAUCAGACAUGUCUGAAAUUUGGUAAACAGUAUCCUGAAACAGUGGAAAAUAAUAAACUAAGGUUAUAGUGCUUGCUGCCUCUAAUUUAUCAUCUUUGAAACUCACCGUACCUCAAAUCGUAGAGAAGAAAAUUUUCAGUUUUUAGCAUUCCAGAUGUGGGUUUGCCCAUUACUGAAGUACUUUUCAUAAAAUAUAAAAACGAACUCUCAGGAAUUAAAGUCAGACUCCUUUAAAAAGUAACUGUUGUCCGUUUUUUAAAUCUACUUAACUCAACGUGACUUUAGCCCCACAACAGAUGAUAAGGUCGACAACGGUGUCCAAAAAAAUGACCCCACAAAGUCACACUUUUACGUGUUAGCCCUCUGACUGCAUUUGAAACCAGUUUGGUUUCUCACACUCUCUGUGGUAAUCUGUGUGCGACAGUUAGGAAGUGACAGACUGAUAGAUGUGGACAGUCGCUAACACUUGCCCUGUCCUGCUUUCUUUUAAAUACGCUCUGACAGAACAAGAUAAUUCGAGUGUUUAAAGAGGAAUACCAAAUCAGUUUCAGUUUAUUAAGACUGGUAAGCGUGUGAAAAGGGCCUUAAGGUAGUCCUGUGACAUUUACCUUUUCUGUGAUAAGAAAAGUUUAUACUAAUCUCCUCUUACUUUAACCACACUGUGUUCAGACUCUGACUACAACAACAGACAGAAAGAAGAGAGAUUUCACAACUUGACCGAUGUUAGAAAAUUACUUUUAAUCUGCAAAACAAGUUCUCAUGGUCGGACUAACAUACCUGGAUGAUGUGGUUUGGGAUGCAUUUUCUCUUCCAUGUCUCAGUCAAACUGAAACUGGACUAGGGGCUCUACGUAGGCCACAGUGUUCGCCAGAAUUUGCAAGAAAGUUCAGUAGUGAACAAAACCUCAACAGACUAAUAAUCUUUCCCAUCAUGCAAAUAAACAAUACAAAGCUCUUAAAGUUACAGUGUACAGCCUGUUCACAUCUUGCUGAUGCAUGUUGCCAACUGUUAUACAUCAACCACAAGACGACCUAGUAGUAAGGAACUGAAAGGAUCAUGUCGCCACCUUUCGUGGACAUGCUUCUGUUCAUAAUUCGACUUUUGUCCAGUGCUUUAAAACUAGGACAAGGACAGAUACAGGUCAGAUUGUGUACUCAAAUGAGCUGCUGCACUCAAGUGGUUUCAAAUAGAUGUUUAUCCUGAACAACAAGGAAGUGGCAUUAGCACAGGAUGUGACGAUUGCGCAUGUGUUCAUGGAAACUGAGUCAAUUUAUUGCCCUACCUUGAGUUCUGUGUUCUUGUUGGAAUAGGUCCAUUCACAGUCAGGGUACAAUCUGGAGAGGCACAGUCGGCAGAUAAAAAAAAAACGUACGCUGCAUUCCAGUUGUACUCGGAAGUCUGGAUUUCUGAGCUCCGAGUCAGAAAUUCAUCUGGGACGCCCCCCUGAAGUCGGAUUUCCAACUGGGAAAGUCGGACGAUGCUCACCAACCCCGACUUGACGACAACGUCAUAAUCCAAGAUGGUAGUGCAGUGCGUCAACAGUAAAAAGUAACAGUGAAAGCUCUCGUAAUGUUUUAUGUAUUAGCACUUCUGUUUUGUUUUUGUGAAAUAAUUAAGUGGUAUAUGUUGUACUGCCCAACGUCUAACUGUAAACACGGUGCUAUGGUGUUUGGAAGAGUAAAAUACUGCGUUAUACGUUGUUUACAACUGGUAUAGCUAACAACAACUAACAACAGUUGAAAAUUGUAAACAACAGCUAACAACGGCUAUCAGUAGGCGUCCACCUUGGUUUUCGGACUUGUUUAUUGGAACGCCAUCAACUAGGGUGUAGCGUCAUUCCCAGCUCCAACAUCCGACUUCCGCGGUAACUGGAACACAGCAUUAGCCUGCAUUCACUGUUGACCUUCACCCUCCGCCAUGUUUGUGUUUCAGAGCUAAAAGUUACCGAAUUUGGACAGGAGGGUGGUGCUGGAGCAGAUCCAAGAAUUGGCAAAUGCCAAAAUAUCAGAGUUGUCCAGUCUGUGCCGGUGGCCAUCCUCAUAUUUCCCUCACUUCAGCCGUCUUUCUUUUCAAGUGUCUAUGCCUGCUAUUGAUGUCACUGGAGGGCAUGGAUGUUAACCCUUAUAAAGCUUGACCGCAGCUUCUCCUUCCACACACUGAAGGGGUAUAAGUAGAUUUUACACGAACAAAUUGAAUUCUGGAUACGGCAGCUUUUAGAUUUUACUGCUUGAUGUUUUCCAGCAAGAUACUCUGUGUCCGAUUGCAUUACAGGCAGGUUCCUCUAUUAUUCAACAGUUUGCUUGAUCUGAUUCCACACUGUCAGACCUUGUUUUAUUUAUUUAUGAGCUUUGAGAUGAUAUACGGUUUGAAAUACUCCCUUGCAGAGCUUUCAGACGCACCUAGGUGUGAAUUUAAAACUUUAUCGUGCAAGAUUAAACACAUCAAACCUUUUUUUUUUUUUUCUGAUGGUUUCUUCCACUUCAUCCUCCCCCUUGAGCAUGGACUCAGCUAGUGCCAUUAUAUGGCUGUCAUGGAAAUCCUCAAGCAUGACACCUCAUUUUCCAGGAUGUCAGGGAGCAAAUGUUGCCUGCCUGUUUUCAUCGAGCUCGCGGCCGAAAAAGAGGGAGGAAACCGGGGAGAUGUGUCCAUUUAUUUACUGUAACAAAUGGAAAAAAAAAGAGAAUCCCCCCACUUUCAUACCUCCCUUCUGCAGGGUUAGAUGAGAGUGUCGCUAUGGCAACCUCUCGGCAUGCACCCUGCUGCCGGCAAAAGGAAACCAUGCAUCUCCAAAAGUUGCGAGAAUAAAGCGAAGUAGACUUGUAGGAAUGCUGAUGUAAGUUUUGCUUUCUUUUUUAAACAAAGUUUGAGGAUUAUCAUUUGCCAGUUCACGUCUUCACCCAGAUCCUUCCAGUUUAAAUAAAGCUGUACUUACAAGGUUUUCACACAAAGGAGCCCUGCCUCCAGAUACUUUGGCUGCUCAGCGUUCUCAGGUAGAUAAAUCGUCCUCCUUGUCCUCUUUUUUUCCCCCCUCCACACUCUACCCUCCUUUUCAAGCCUCCCCUGGGUAGUGGCAGGGAUUAUUUAUUGGAUGGCACCAAAUCGCAAUCUCCACUACAGCCUAUGCGCACUAUUUCUCAUAUAAAUAGACCGAAACAGUACGAAAAAAGAAGCAUCCAAGGACACUCUUUCAAGGAUCAAAUACAUAUUCAUGCGUAUCAAGACAGAAAGAGGCCGCCUGUAAAACUCUGCCGUCAGUAGAUUUAUAAUCAGGGGAGGCUAAUUAUUUUGUCAUUUUUGGUGAGGAUGAAUAUAAAUUGGUGCACAGUACACUUGGAUUGAAAUGUGAUUUAAAUCGGUAGGCUGCUUUAAAGCUCUUGUAAGGAAUUUCUCACUGGUUAUGAAAAAGACUCAAAUUAAAAUCAGUGCCUCUAUUUGAGUCUAAAAAAGCAAACAGGACCAUCAGAGAUAAGUUUGAUUUUUUCUACGUUAUCAUAUUUGUUGUUUGACGUUGCUGUUGCGAGAUAAUUGUCAGACAAAGACAUAAAACAUACUUUUUUUUGUUUUUUUCCUACUAAAAUUACAGUAAAAGAAAGAGGAAUAGUUGUUAAAUACAGUAUUUUACCCUAAAAAGACAAAACAAACUUAAGUUUAGCAGGAGCGGAUUCAUUCAGUCAAUACCAUUAUCGUCUCAAUCUGAAAAGGCUUCUUAGCUCUUGUCCGGUCUACCUCCUUUUUAAGCGCCCGUUAUUCCGCCAGAGUCUCCGGUAUUUACUUUGUUUUCUUGCUUGUGUUGGCAGUCGUGGCUAAAGGAGGAUUCAGACAAUUUUCUGUACUUUCUGGUUGGUUUCUACUGUCCGAUAUCGUAGCAGGCUAACUUUGUUUGGGCUUGUGAGCGACACAGGGGAGUAGCUUCUACCUCACAACCAAUCAGGUCGGGGAGGGGGAGAAUGGCUUUGUUUACAGUCAGAAAGAGCAGGCUGCUCAAAAAUGAAAUAUGUUGACUACACAGACCUAACAAAACAGCGAUAUCGUUAUUUUACUAAAUGUCAUCAGAAGCUUUUUUUGUAUAUACACCACAAAAACACAGGCUUCUUUAACGUAAUCCUGCCUACCCCACCUUUAAAGAAAGAGGAAUAGUUGUUUAAUACAGUAUUUUACCCUUAAAAAGACAAAACAAUCUACAGUUUAGCAGGUGCAGAUUCAUUCAGUCAGCACCAGUAUCGUCUCAAUCUGAAAAGUUCUCACAGGAGCUUUAAAAGGACUUUUUCAAGCAUUGCAGCAUUUUGUGACCAUCUGCGUUUCUUUUUUAGUCGGUCAUAUAUUUCAGACUAGGAACAUGUCCCUACAUCCUUCCUCAUUUUCUCCAGAGCCAGGUGUUAUCAUAACGCAUGAAGGGUAACCUAUAGGGGGUAUAAACACUGUGUCACAAUGCUCGAGGCUCAGCUAAUUACUUCACAGCCCCAUCCUUUGGGGAAGCUGUCCCCGACACUGAACUGCCCUCUCUUCUUCUUCUUCUUCUUGCCACAUAGCGUUUCUGCUCUAGACAGGAACUGCAUCGCAUCAACCCCACCCUCCAGCGGGCUCUUACUUUGUCCUUUCUUGCUCUCUGUCUAAAUAAAGGUGCUGAGCAGGCUUGCGGUGCUGUUCUGCAAAGAUUCAAGCUGGCUGCUGUUUGGUGAGACCCUGAAACUGAAGCGCUGAGACCUGCUGAUUUCACCGCCUGGAUCCAGGAAUUGCUUCUGUAUCUGCUGUCCAACUUCUGGCUAUAGACAACAGCAAAAAUGUGACAACUGGACUCUGAACGCACCAUGUGACCGGGGACUAUGGAUCUGAGAAUCAGCAUACAUUGAAUCUACAUUCAUCCAGGUAAUUUCUGCUGGGAGGAGCUUUUACUCCGGGGUUCAGUCUUUGGGAAUCCUUUAUUUAGGCUCUUUAUUUUUAAAGAAAACUUUAUGAUUUCUUCGUUUAUUCAGAAACCUCUUCAAAGCUUGUGUCUUGCAUGUGGUCACGGUGUUACUUCCUCAUUUUAGAAAGUCAAGACUGUAAAUUGUUGCCUGUCAGUAAAAAGGACAGAGUAACAGGAAGUGGGACAGUGAGAAGAGAGGGAAACAGGGUACAGUAUACAGUGAUUAAAACUGCACUUAACUGGCAUACUCGGAAAUCCAGCAGCAGUAUUGUUUGGAAAAAGGCAAAGUCUGAAUCGAUACAAUAUUAAAUACAUGUGGUAGUGAGUAUUUAAACACACUGAUAUUUAUUUUGCAUCAUUUGAAUGUCCACUAACAAAAGGCCUUUAUGUGUUUUUACAUUGAGUCGAAACUCAAGCCUGAAGUGCUUUGCUUUUCCCUUGACACCACACUUGCUACCUUUGUUUGAGCGAUGAAGACGUGUUUUUAGAGGUCUUUAAGCUGAAAGCAACAUUGAAUAGACCAGCAUAACUGAGACUGAGACUGAAAGGCAAGUGAUUCCCAAAUUCAGAGCUACAACUCCGAGAGAGGGCCUGCAGUAAAGACAUCUUGGAUUUACAGUAAUUUACCAAAAGAAAAGCAACAAUUUCAACAAGUCACAUCUCACCGUGUCUUGACCUCGUGGCACUUUAAGUAGCAAUUUUGAUAUUUUUGCAGGGAUUAUUCCAAAUCAGGGCUAUCACAUGAUCAGAUUUUCACUUCAGGGCAUAAAGUGUCAUCAUGACAUUAUCAUCACAAUAUAAUAAUCAAACUCAUGAUUUAACCACAUCCCUAGCCCUGCAGUCAAAACUACUCUUGGAGAAAACAACUCACAAAUAUUUUUUAAAAGAUAUUUUCAUUUUGAUAUUUUUUUCCUGUUUUGCCUUUAGAUUGCCUGCAUGGUCAAACUAUGCUUUUAUUUUGAAGUUUACUCCUUCUAGUGGAUCGUAACUGAAAGAAAACAUUAAAAGAAGGUUUACAAAGUAUAAAUGUUUGAUUGACUAGAUUUUAUUGAUAUUGAUAACUUUAUCAAGGCUACAUAAUUAAUCAAAUCUUUAUCGAUUUUACGACCAAAAAUUGUUUUAUUUGGUUAAAAGACAAAACUACACUACUUUGUUAACAGAACUAUUAAUAACACACUGAUGACUUUUUGUUUCGCCUAAUUCUCAUUUUACCAAGCUGACAUCAAACACAUUUAAAUGUAAUGUUGAUUGGUUAGCUAAUUAGCUUUUAUUCCACUGAUUUUAAUAAUAAUAAUGAUAAAAAUAAAUUAAUUAAUAAUAAUAUUAAUAAUACAAUUUAUUUAUAUUGCGCUUUACAUCUGAGAAAACACAUCUCAAAGUGCAUAAAACACAUCUCAAAGUGCAUGAUUCCUCCUCUUAUUUCUACACUUGAUGUCUACAGAGAACUAACAAGGCUUGAAACAAAGUUUGCGUGUGAUAAUCAUGGAGGAGGAAGAUGACUGUCCUAUAGUAGCAGCAGCAACCUUAAGACAGUCACAAUGGCGCUGCAUUUCAGUUCAUUCUGACGCCGAAGUAUGAGGCCAUGGAGGUUGUUUUGCAAGUCAUUACUUUGCAACAUGAAUCACAUUUUGCUUCCUCCUUGUCUUUUGUUUAGCCAAACUACGGACCUUUUCACACGUUAAGCCAUCAUUGCAUGAAACAGACCACUCUUAAUCAAUUUCUGUCUGUGCACCAGCUGAAGUUCUAUCGUUUUGGGGGGUUUUUAAUAGUUGGGAUUUGGGUCCUUAAGACGCUCUGGUUUCGAUCCCUAUCCCUAAUUAGACAUAUUGAGGAAGCACAAAAGCAAAACAAGUUAUGAAUAAGUAUUUUUCUGUCAGUUUGGAGUUUCCAACAUCAUCCGAGGUGACUCAUGUUUUCUCUGUUAGAUUUGAAAUAUACACAUGACCUUUCUGUGUCACUUGAAAUUCAUUUGAAAGUUAUGAAACCACAAAUUCAGAGAAUUUCAAAGAUGUGGUGAAAGAAUUUGAAAUGUUUUAACCCGUAAGCCGUGUAGCCCUUGACUUUGCCCUAUAACAAUUGGAUUUAUUGUUGUGUACUUCAAAUAUUUCAGUCCCCACACAGCUGACUUGUGGAGGUGUUAGGCUGUGUUAAAUGAGGACAAAGGGGAACAUACAGAACAGUGGCUGCAGGAGAAUGGAGAAACUUAAAGUCUAGGUGGAAGGAAACCGAAGAGGAAGCUUGAAUUUUGUUUUUUUCUUUGAGUGUGCGGUAAACUCUGUCUCUGUUCACAUGUGUCUGCAUGUAGACGUAUCUUAUCCAGGUUCUUUUCUUGUGUAUGUGUGUGGCAGCCCCGCUCCCAUUUCCUCUGUAAAGCGGAGCGCUACAGGAAGGCUGGCUGGUUGGCUGGCUGCACAGGAAAGGAAACAGUCUCUAUCAAACAGCAGAUGGAGGACAGCAUGUGCUUACACUGCAGAAACACACUCACACACAGAGACGCAGGCUAGCACGCAUGCAGCCGUGCACACACAGGGAACUAUCCGUAAAUACAGAAGCUUUUAUUAAGAGUGUGACCCGGAUCACGGUGUGAAUGUCAGCUGCAGAGAAUCUUCGGUUUCAAAGAGUUGAAGUGAAAUGAGGACAAUGAGGAUGUUUGUAAUGAAUUUCUGAGAUAUUUUCAUCAAAGCAAAGACUUUUCUGCUCGCAGGAAGGUUCUUUUACCCCUCACAGUUUUCCCUACUGCUCACGUACUUGUCAACCUAAUGCAGAUCUGCAGUCGCCCCGAGCUUUUCAACCAUCUGCAUACUGUCAUACUGUUUUUCUUUUUAUCAAGUGCAUGCUGACAAAGGACAGAAAUUACUCCUCUACCUCAGCAGUGUGUUUAAACGGCAAAAAAAGGGUAUUUUGACAAAAAAAAAAAGAAGUAUAUUUUGACAAAAAAAAAGUGCAGAAAGCCAAUGAGGUGCUGAGCAAAGCGGCGUGAUAUCUAACACCAGUAUGCUGUCAGGACACAGUGUGCACUUGUUGUCAACAAGUUGUCAAAAGUUUAUGGUUUCUCUUAAAAAAGAAAACUUGGAGAGAGUUGACUGAACUUUGAAUGUCAGAAUAUUGUUGGCUCUUAAACAGAGAUAAAAACCACAAUAAGGAGACCUAAAUGUGCUAAUUUUGUACACAUGCAAAGCAAGUUUACAGUGAUAUUAAUAAUGGGAAAUGCAGCAGCAAUGAUGGUGCUAAAUUUGGAGAAAACAGGAAAUUCUACUUUCACUCUAAUUCUACUUUUAAACUAAAUGAUAGGAUUGCAAAAUUCUAAACAUAUUUGAACAUUUGCACAUCAUUUUCGUAUUUGUAGCUCUGAUUACUGUCACAAACAGACCAGUUGUCUUGUUCAGGUUUAAUGCAACACAAUUAGACUGAAUCUGGCAGAUUCAGGGUUUAGGGACCUAUCAUUCCCCGAAUGGAUCAUUUCAUCCCAUGUAAAGAGUCAUAGUGAUUGACAACAUCAAUGUCAUAUCAGUGCAAGUUACAAGUGCAUGUAGAACUAUUCAUAAAGUAAGAAAUCAGGACUGAAGGCAAAAGGCAUUUACCCUGAGAUGCCUUAAAUUAGGGGUCCUGAUACGAUACGAUACUGAUACCAGAUAUUGGUCCGAAAUCAGCAAAAAAAAAACCAAAACAACAAAUAUCGGAUUAUAUCGGCCUGCAUCUAAACUCUCCAAUAUCAGCUCUCCGACACAAGCAGUCCAUUCCAAACUCCGCUCUGGCACCUCUAUCUAGCAGCGCCAAGAUUCAGCAAUCUAACCCCUUAUAGUCAAAACAAGAGUGCAAGAGUGCGUACAAAGGCACUAACAAAAUAGCAAGGAGUAAGAGGAAAUGAGCUAAAUUUCCCAAACCAGCAGGUAACUCAUACUGAUGUUGGCCUUGUGAUAUUAUUUUUAGUUAAACUCCAAAAUAGACAUUGGAGCUGAGUGAAAAACAUGUCAUGCACACAUUUGUGCCAGUAUCGAAUAUAUAUUGUGUCGGCCAAUACUGAAGGCUACAAUAUCGGUAUCGUAUCGGAGGUAUGAAGUAUUAACGGGACACCCCUUGUCAAAAUCAAAAUUUCAGAGACAACAAACUGAGGUGUUGAGAACUUGAAGUUGUUUUAUUUAGUGUUUUUAUCAUUUUUAUGUCAACUUGGCUUGUUAGACCUCCAGUUAAUAUGUCAAUCUUGAUUUAUGUAGCGCAAAUCCACAACAAGUGUUAUCCCAAGACGCUUAACUAACAAGCUGGUUUAGACCGUACUCCGUUUACAAAGAUCCAAUAUAAAGAUAGGAUUAGAUUGAGCCCCGUCUCGUGAGAGCAAACCCUCUCCUAUCCCAUCUUAAACCACGAGUUUAGUACACAGGUUACAGAGGAGAGGAAAAACUUCCUUUAACAGGCAGAAACCUCGAGUAGAACCAGACUCCUGUUAGACAGUCAUCUGCAUUGGGUUUAGAGAGGGUGUAGAGGGAGAUGUUUUGAUCAAUAUCAGAUCAAUAUCAGUGUUGGUCAAUAUUGAAGGCUACAACAUCGGUACUGUAUCGGGACACCCCUACCUCUAAUACACUGAAUAAUAGAGUCUCUACUUCAUGUGAUCUCCCCAGUCACACAUUUUCUUCACCGGUUGAAGAAAAGGACUCUAAUCCCUAUUCUCACAUGAACUCUAGACCUACAAGGACUUUAACCUUGGUCCUUAUCCAAAUAAGAUGUGUCAUUAACAUAAUUCUUUGUCUUCAUACUCUUUUUAAUGAAACACUUCUUCCCUGAUAACUGCUCCGACAGACUCUCAGUGUUAUCACUACUCUGCUUUUAACUGCAAACUAACACAUUCAGAGCAGUGAAGAUAUUUGGUGACACAUGGACGGAAAAAAAUUGCCUAUUCUCUAUUUUCUUUUUCACAACUGCUGCACAUGAACCCGAGCUUAUCCGGACUCUUUCUGCUGACGACUGUGACUGAGCAACACAUGGAAAGCAUCUGUUCAGUGUGUCUGCCGUACAUCCUCAGACUUAUGUUCGACUCACACACAGGGGAGACUCACUUCCCAUGACAAGCCUUUCAGACUUCAUCAUGUGCAUAUGUUACCUACAAGGCCAACAUCCUUAUGGAGGAAGGCUUGGCAGGUUACUCUAAAAUAGAUCUAACAGAUGCACAGUAAGCAGACAUGGAGCAGCUUCUGGAUGGAGUUUGAAGCUUUUUCUGUCCAAUUUUCUGUGCAACUUUUAUACAAUGAAAACUCGUCCGAGAAGUUAUGGAUUGCAUGUCUUUAGUGGGACAUUAACACUAGCAGAGCUGGCAUUCUGACCCUUCUUUUACCUACGUGUCCUGCAGGUCACACUCAUCUCUCCGGUGUUAAAAUGUAGUGCUAACAAAAGUGUCAUCACCUCCUCCUUCCCCGUGGUGUUCAUGCCCAUGGUUUUUGACAGCCUGUCAUGCCUUUGUGCUUCUGUCAGGGCCUGUUAGAGGCAGGCCUGUCUUGCAAGGCUUUUGUCAGCAGCCUGCGAACUCUAGAUGUUGCACUUCCAUUUUCCUAAGAGGGCAGCAAGUUCUCCAAGAGGCCUUCCCAGACUCAUUUGUGUAACAAGGCAGCUUAGGAGGGAGGACAAUGAGGCUCACUAUGGUGCCAAAUGGGCCAGUAAAUGAGUCAUAUUUCUAUAGAGUUUAGGCAACAGGGUUACACAAUCUUAAUCAACUAAGUGCGGCUCAUAAUGUGCUCAGCAAGGGUUGUGAUCCUGCAAAAGAGGAUUGUGAAAAAUGUGUCAGGUUGAGGUUUGGGCAACAUAAUUACUGUGUUUCACAUUCCACUUUCUCCGAGAAGGCGGGGUAAUGCUUAGUAGCAAAGACAAGGAGUUGAGCUCUAUGUGUGACAGUGUGUGCGUAAGUGUGUGCUUGUUGAGGGGAGGGGUUGUCUUUGUCAUUACUCAAGAUUUUGAUGCAUAAAACAUGUUGACUCUAUGGCACAAGAAUGAGACACUCAGCAUGGUAAUCAGUGUAUAUCUAAGAUGACGCUGUAUGACUCACUACAGGAAACACUGAUAUAGUUCCACAAUAAUGACCAUGUAUCAUUAGUGGUAAUGAUGCUUUAAUUGUAAACUGAAGGACAAUCACACUAGGAUACAUUACAUCUGUUCAAGUGAAUAAUACUGAAUGAUUUUAACAGGUAAAAUGUAAGAUUAAGGUAAGGAGUGGCAUUGUUAGGAGGAGCCAUGAAGUAGUAAUGUAGUUAAAACAAACAGGAAGUGAAUAGUUUGGAGCAUUGUACUUUCAUAUUAAAUUAUCAAUAUUUGGCACCAAUCAUAUAAUAAUUGUAUUGAAUAAAUCAGGAAAGUUAUAUGUGGUUAAAUCAAUAAUUUGUCCAAAGCCCCACAAGACUAAUUUCCUAGAGGUUUGGAAUUUUAGUGUAAGUUACUGUAAAUUUACAGUAUUAGUAUAAUUGAUAUGUUACAUUUAGAGUGAAUAGGUAAAAUGCCAUUAAGGUCUUCUGUAAAUGUGACUUUGAUAAGGAUUUGAUCAAUAUGUAGUUUUAAUGCUGUUAUUAAAAAAAUAGCAACACGCAUCUGGUGCUAGCUAGUAGCUGCCUGCCAGCUGUAGCUAAUCAUAACCAAAUGCACACAGAUUACAUCAGGAGUAGUUUUAUUUAAGCGCCUCAUCACUUACUUUGUGUAGUAGCAAGAUAGUUUAUAAUUACCCAAUCAAAUACAAACCUACUGUACUACACUUUAUUUAUCGUAGUGAUAUUAAUUUAUUUUUGUAUCUAAUUACAUGAUACUCUCACUGAUACCUUUCUCAAUGUUUUGGUUAGUUUUAACCGUUUUUUAUUUUGAUUGUUUUGUGUGGUCUUGUAGCUUAAAUAUAUAUUCUUGUCUCCAUUUAAUUCAGCAUCAUUAUUAUUAUUUUUGAAUUAUUAUUAAAGCUGCUGCUGUGACUCCUUCUCUGCCUUCAUUUGUUUUAAUGGUUUUAAGAACCUGUUGAUCCUGGUUAUGUAGCAAGGGAGCAAUAUGGGGCUUUUAUUUUGGAAGGUGCUGUGUGACACUAUGAUUUCGCCAUGGCAACCACCGGUGUUUGACAGUAAAACCGCUCUUCUCGUGCAGACAGUCUAAGGACAUGUCAGACACCGCAGCACACUGUCCUCGUAUCUCUUUUUAAAGACCCACAUGAGGGUUUUAUAAUCUGCGUCUGCACGGGAGCAGACAGGUCUGCUCUAUCUGUGCACGACAGCAGAGGCAAACUCUCUCCCCGUCUUCCCAGCGUGGGAUGUUCGCUCAUCCCUCCUGCUCCCCACAUCUCCUUUUUCCCUUUUUCCUCCCCUCAGAAUCAAGUGGCUUUUUGUUCCCCCUGCAGCAGUGCUUAUCGCUUGUUUCUCCACUUCUGUCCUUCUCAUCACUCUUUCAGGGAAUGAAGGGAUAUUUUGGGGGAUGGAUUGUGUCUUUCUGUGCAGACCCCUGUGGUUAUCCCUGUCAGUCUAUGUUUGAAAGUGGAUCCACCCUCUAUGUCCACCCCUUUCUUUGAGUUUGUUUUGCUGCUCUCUGCGUUCAUACUGGUGUCAAAUAAAGCUUUGUGGAUUACAAUCAUUAAAGGCUCUGACACUGCAAAUUAUUUUAAUUCGUUUGAGUGCGGUUGUUUUAUACGUCCCACAGGAUUCCUCAGCUGCCUUUUAUUCUCAGUAUGAAUAAUGUGACAUAAAAAUGAGCCGUAUAUUCUCUCUCGGGAACAGCCAAGUUGGUCGUUAUGCUCUCUAAAAUCGGGCUCCCUGACACCAUCUGAGUCAGCAGUUGUGAGCUACAUUUUAAUGAGUUUAAUCUCUUUUUUUAUUGACCAUCAAACUUUCCAAAGAGCGACAUAUUUAUCAUCUGAAGAGGUGAUUUAACCAUAAUUUGACCACCUGCCAUUAUGUUGUUUAUUGUAGCAGUAGCAGAUUUAUGCUAAUAUGUUAGCUCAAGGCAAUUCCAUGAGCUUAGAGUCAGAGAGGAUGUGGUCUGAGUCGUUAAUGCUAUUAAAUUAACUGCUGUCUUUUCGGAUUCAACAGUGGGUUCACAACUAAUUAGUCCUGAUAAGAAAAGAACCUAAAGGAUUAUUAUAAUGUAGAAAAAAGCAAGCGAAUGACUGUGAAGUCGAGGGACCUCACAGUGGUAGUGGUGGUGGUGGUUGUCAUUUUUCAUGUUUUUAUGGAUGUGUUUUUGUCCUGGUCACUUUGCCUUCAUAAUUUGAUUAAGCUAAUAAGAGCAGGUUAAUGAUAAAGUUCAUAUGUGGCUGACUGUUUGGAAGCAAAGGCAAAAAUGACAUGGAUUUAAUAAAGGAAGUGCGCAUUAAACCGGAGAAUUAGAAAUGUUCCCACUGGCUGAGUAGCACCAAGAAUUACUAGUCUGUUUAACUAAUUAUUGGUAUAACAAUAAUAAUAAUAAUAAUAACAAUAAUAACAAUUAUUAUUAUUAUUAUUAUUGUUGUUGUUGUUGUUGUUGUUAUUAUUAUUAUUAUUGUUGUUAUUAUUAUUAUUUUUUUUUAUUAUUUUUUUUUAUUAAAAUUGUAAUUACAAUCAUUAUUAUUAUUAUUAGUAGUAGUAGUAACAGUAGUAGUGGUAGUAGUCGUAGUUUUAGUAGUAGUAGUAUUAGUAUUAGUAGUAGUAGUAGUGCUGUAGGCCUGAAGUGCAGGUCAGCUUUAAUGUAAGCCACCCACCACUUGCCAGGACUGAAACUCAGGUAAAAAGCUUCUGUAGUCCUACAGUGCUCUACCACUUGGAUAUAAACAAACACAGUUGACAGAUGGUAUCUUGCAGUAUGACUCAGUUGGGCAGUAUUUGAAUAUAGAAAACUGAAAGAAAAUUGUAAACAGGCUGUGUAACUAACAUAGGCAUUAGAUAUUAACCUCCAGGGAGGUCAGAAGACUAGUGGUUCUAGCUCUGCCAAUGGUAGCCACACUAAGACACCCAUUAGGUAUAAUUUUGUCACAAUCCUAAUCUUGCACAUUUUAUUUCAUUUGUUUUAUCUGUUGUAUUUCUUUUUUUAGGGACUACUUUUUAUGUUUUUCCAAAGAACUAAUCUCUAAAGUCUUAGAUUUAGCAUGUGUUCAAUUCAAUACAGCACAGUAUUUUGUCUGGUGACAUGUUGUAUUGUCUCAUUUACCAAGGACCAAUUUUUUCAAAUUAAUUGUUAAUUUGAAGUAAAUCUAUGAUAACGGAAAGAUAAAAUCAACUGUUGGCUGAGGUGACAUGAUAGAGCAGGAGAAAGUUAGUGCAACAAACAUGGCAGCACCUUAGGAAAGCCAUUAGGAAUACAAACAGGGCACAUAGGAGAUGGACCUGACACAUAAGGUUUGCAUGUAAAUAAAAUACAGCGUAAAUAAGACAAACAUAAUGGAAAGACAAACGCUGAAUUAGCUAAACAGUUGUAAAAAUUGUAUAAAUCGCAAUAUAUUGUAUCCAAGUACUCACUGAAUUGCAAAAUGUUAAAAAUCGCAGUAAUAUUGUAUCGUGAUAAUAUUGUACCGGUGAUUCCCACCCCUAAUAAUUAAGUGGUAUUUAUCAAAAAUAGAAUAUCAUGUUUGUAAGUUUUCCACUUUAUGCUUAUUUACACUUUCCUUAUCCUACUGUGAAGUUGCAGAAGUACAUAUUCCACGCUCUACCACCCCGAAAGGCUCUCAGCCUUCGCACAAGCCUUUUCUCGUCUCUCUUCCUCCUCUUCUCUCUUUCUUUCCCUCUACAUGUCUCUCACUCUAAUGCCUGUUCACAGCAGAGUCCCGGUAAUCACAGAGCUGUGGGUGAUAACGAGAAGUGUCACAAUGCCGCCUUCGUCAUUUUCAGCCCAGCUGCCACGCAUUACGCCGGCUAUCGACGGCUCUGACUCCAGCCCGUAAUUGCUUUGCCUGAAUAAUUGAAAGGGGGGAGGAGGUAAAUCCCAGAGGUGUCAGGGUGGGAGAAAGAUGGAUGCUUUGGUGUUGGAUGCUGUCAGGUCAGGAGGUGUUGAGGGGCGUGGAGGACAUGAUGAGACCCUCAUGGGGAGAUUGCCCCCCUGCCCUCACACACAUGUUGUAGAUGAUGGACCACUGCUGGAAUGAUUUCUGGCAUGGUGGCUCUCAAACAGGUGCUGGUUUACAGUGGAUUCAUGCUGGAGGAUUUGUGAACUUGUGAGUAUGUGUUUGUGUCCUCAUGUGUGUGUCAUGUCUUUGAUUUGAUGCCAGUCGUCUGCAGAUUUGGUGUAUGAAUCAAGCCUGUUGUGCAAGCUGUAAAUCUGAGGAUCAGAACUGUUCAGAAACCUACUGGCGCCUUGGAAAAUUAACUGUAAACACACACACAGACUAAAUGACACUCAAGCCAGCUCAGUGUGCCGUUAGAUGUGGUGUUUGUUAGUGAAGACGACAGACUGGAGUAAAUAUUUACAACCAAUUAAACUCUUGGUUUACAUGCAGCACCAGAAAGUGACAGUAGCUUUUGACUGCUUUGAAAAACUGCAGUAAUUUCAUCAUGAAGGCUGCUCUCAAAUGUUACAGUUAUGGUUGGAAUGUUUUAAAGAGGAUUAUCAAUAAUCACUCCUCAUCUAGUGGCGUGUUAUUCUUAACUAAUAUGCAGCAGCCAAAAGCUCUGGUUUCCAAAGAGGGCUGCUCUAAUCGCAGUGCUUUCCGGGUCACACACAGUAGCAGCCAUGUUUCAGUCGGCAGCUAACACAAGUUUUUGUUUUCCAGCGCUGGUUUACACAGUUCCCCUUUGUUCUUCGAUUAAGUAAAUGUUUCCCCCCCUGCAUGCAAACACUAAAUUAGCAUACAAAAGCAUGUAUGAGUUUUCUAAUACAUUCAGCUGAGAUCUCCGGUGGGAGAUGCUACUUUUGUUCCCAUAGAAGUAGAAGGCUGACGCUGCAGAGCGGAGCCAGCGGGUCUCCAAGGUCAUUACCACUGCCACAGCGUCUGGGCGCCCUGGGAAGGAGGCAGGAAUUGAUUAAUGACAAUGCUGGGAGCGCAGGAGGGGAGGAACCCAGAUUGGUGGAAAGAAGUGCUGCAGAGGUAGAGAUGUUUCCGUGCUAUUGUGCUUCAGAUAACGCUGGAGUAAGAUAGAGUAACUUCUAAUCAGGGUUACCAGUGUCUCCAUGUAUUCAAGUUGGAUAGUCAGAGUUACAAGGAGGUUAAUGGAGAGUUUUAAAAUAUAUUCUGACAUGAAAUUUCUCCUGAACCACUUACUAUACAAAGUGCAAUUCAAGCACCAACUUAAGCUUCAUGGACAAAAGUAUUAUCGGACCUACAGUUUCAAUAACAAGAGAUGAAGCUGUAAGAGCAACAUGCCAAUGCUUUAUUGCUUGGGGCUAACUUAGCCAACUGGAUCUAACUUAACCCUUGUGGCUGUGUGCUAAAAUAAACUAUUCUAUGAGGAAGAAAGUCUGUAGUAUCCAAAAAUAUUCAAGGAGUGUGGGCACUUCCUGCGUGGAGAAUUUAGUAAUGAGUAUUGCCCAUUCGUGCCUUGCAUGCAACUUUAAGUAUGCCACUUAGGUGUGCUUUGCAUUUUAAAUUAGUUCCCCCAUUAGAGGACAUCAGUGGUGGGUGCAAAUGCAUGAACGCUUUUGUAUUAGGGCUGGGUGAUAUGGCCUCAAAUCAAUAUCACGAUAUAUUGAUCAGUUCACCACUAUAACGAUGAAUGACGAUAACUACUCCAUAAGCUGCUCACCCCCUCCCACGUUAACUUCGUCUACUUCAGCUGCUACAACUUUUGAACCGCCCUUCAUCACCCCACCUGUCUUUCCCUCUUUGUUAUGGACUGGAUGGAGUGGAGUCAUGUCUCCGACAUAGGACAGCGUCUUAAAGGGACAUGAGACCACAGCCUACCUACACACAUCCAAAACUAACUUUUAUUUGUUUGUUUUUUUUGACACCGAAUAUACCGAUAUGAGCAAAAUGACAUCAGUUAUUGUGGUAAAUUACGGUAUUGGUAAAUUUUCGGUUUAUCGUCCAGCUCUAUUAUGCAUCAUAUAUAAGUGGUAUUAAAUUAUCUUUACCCUUAAAAACCCAACAAAAUGUAAACAGAGCCUAAAAUAUGGUUAACAAACGACUAGGACUAGCUAGAGUAGCUACCACCUUGUCUUUACAGCAUGCAACAAGAGUGAGCACCAGUGAGAAAUUAGCAAACUGAUUCAUUACGGUUGCACACUGUGAGGACAUGGUGUCAGAAAAUCUUGACCUGCUUCUGCUAAACACUCAGGCAUGGCUUUGACAGACAGUACAAACAAUACACUCUGAGAUUUUAGAAGUGGUAUUAUUUCCACUCUGCUCAGGUGUGUUUAACAUAAUACCUGCCCACGCUUUCAUCUGGACGUCACUGUUAACUCAGACCAAAGGCUUGAUUGAUGGGAGUCCUCCUGCUUUCAUUAUAUGCCUCUGAGCUGCGUUGUUCUCUGUUUUCUUUUUUUGAUGAAGCCGAUGUGUUCAACAUCCCACAGGUGCUACAGUUGUGGCAGUACUGCUGGUCAUGUUACCAUGGCAACACAUUGAGAAGAACAGCAGUAUAUAUCUAAAAGAUAUACACUACAUUUUACACAGUGUACUUUUUUAAAAUCUUAGUAGGAAUGAAUAAUGAGGAGUGGGUGAUAAGGGUAAAAAUACUGGCUCCUGGAGUGUUCAUCCAAAUAUAAGAAAAGUGUGCAUAGAUGUAAAUGUUACAACGGUAUGCAUUUAAAUCAUUAACUAAGAAAGGACGGCACUUAUAUCACCUCAUCCAUCUGGGCUACACUGCAUAGGGGAAUCAGCCGCACAUCUGUGUGAGCACAUGGACACCCCAGCUUGGUUUUCUCAGUCAACACUGUGGAAGUAGUGCAGUGUCCUUUAAAUAGCUGACCUGAUCAGGUUUACACUCUGCAGCUCCCCACAGGCAGAGAGCUCAGAGACAGAGACGUGAUGCUAGAGGACGACCUACUCAAAACGAAAAACACAAACUUCUUCACUUCCUGCAGUGGUCAAACGAACACACACACACACAGCUCUAUUUCUUUUAUCUGAUAUUCUUUAUAUCAGAUAACCCGACAGAGUAAGAGUGCUGCACUUAAUUCAGUUCUUUAUUCUGGAUCCCACACGUCUUUAUGCAGCUUGAAUGAACCUUUGAUUUUAUAAAGGCUUGGUUUGUCUGAGGGGAGCAUCCUACAUCAUCUACUGUUUUCUGCACCUGUCUGCCAAAUGAAACCAGCAUCACAACGUAACAUUAACACCUUUAAAUGAAGCUGCACAAACAGACACAUUAGAGCAGCAACACCAAGAUUUGCUAUAUAAAUACGGCCUCUGUAUUUGUUCAUAGUCGCUCAUUUGUAUUCUAGUCACAUGACUUUAUAGAAACGGUGGAGGCUUGAGGAGCUUGAGGUCGACAGUUAUUCACACACUCAUGCUAAACCAGCAUCUAAACAUAGAUAUGCAUCAGACAGACAUCAUACUCUUUAGAUCAGAGUAUUUUCAUUUGUGAGAGAGUGUAUGAGUCUGAUAAUUUAGUGGAUAUCUGUUUAAUAAGAUGAUCUACAUCAUUACCAUGUCAGUGCUGCAAGUGUUUGCUCAGACCAACAUAAAAACUUGAAGCAAAAGAAAAAAAGACACCCUCAGCCUUCACAUUUUAAUCCUCUAUUUUCUUUUCGGUUGCAUUAGACUUCUGCUGUCUGUCAUUUUGAUGGUCAGGGUUGUAAAAAUUGACUUAUAAGCCCUUUUCAGACAUGCACUCCUGAAAAUUUUAGUAAGGGAAGCGGGCAGGGAUGAGGGCGUCUGUCACGCAGCCGGUGUUCUGUCUAGUUUAGCUCGUUUCUAGUCAAUGUUUGAUUCAAUUCGCAAAAGUUAUUUCAAAGUUCUCGCUUCAAAAAGUUAAAAAUGGCUAAAAUAAUCUGUCUGUUACUUUUGAUUGCACAAACAGAAGAGGUAAAAUACACCUGAAGCCUCAGGUAACUGGUUGUUUUUCUCUAACAAGCCUUUCCGCAGGUUUCAGCUUGAAAAAUCAUUUAGCCUUAAUGGUAAACAAUCUGGCAGCGUUUUGCUCAGAGGACACAAUGUACCUACUGCCCCCCUAACUCUGUCACAUCACUCCUACACCCACCAUCCACUUCCCAAAAUCCCCAGCUGAUGUAUUUGAAGAGACAGAGAAACUCUGUGCCCAGAGAAACCACAUUCAGCUGAACUGACAGCGCUCAGUCUGCAGGAAGACACACGGUGCCAGCUAACGCAGCGCUUCCUGUCAGAGGCAAGAGACGGCCAAUUUUUCUGUCUUAUCUCCUAAUUGUAACAAGCUUGUUCUUUCUGAUGGUGAGGUUUCAGGGGCUAAUUACUCAGACAAUAGAGGAGAGCUGCAGGGGUGUCAUUAUGUCACUUCAGGGAUUUUUUUUUUUUUUUUAAACAAGCCUGUAAGAAUGACAAAGCAGGAAAGCACACCGCAAGGAAAAAACAAGUCCGCAGAGAGGGAGAGCUUAUCCUCCAAAACAAAACAAAGACAUAUAUCAGCUUUUUGGUUUUGGACUAUAAACAGCUCAGAAUAAGAAUUCCCAGACUGCCUUUUUCAUGCUUGGAGCAGGAAUAACAAACAACAGAGAGGCCUUGCAGAGUGUCUGCUUUUGUUCUGUGUUGUCUGUCAGUGUAAUGUGGCACACUGAUAUCUGUGUAUGUGUGCGAGACGGUGUUGGUGUUUACAUGCUGUGAGGUAUGCAGGUAUUCAGAGGGGGCAGGUUGUAAUCAGUGGAGACAGAGCUGUGAGUCACUCAGUGCAUUCCAGGUGCUGGAGGCCUCUAUGAACAAACAACAGAGCCUGCGGUGUUGUCAUAUACAGAGUGUGGGCGGAAGCUUGGCUGUGAUCAGUCAUAAAAUAUUAUUUUGAUUAUAAGGUUGCUUUUUUUAUACUUCAGAUAUAUAAAGAUGCACGGUAAAUCCUCUCACUGAGCUUUCCAGUCAGAGUAGGGCUGGGCAAUAUGGCCUCAAAUCAAUAUCACGAUAUAUCACCUCGAUAACGAUAAAUGGAUAAUAAUAAUAAUAAUAAUAAUAUCUUACAUUUAUAUAGCGCCUUUCAGGAUACCCAAGGCGCUUAACAACACACUACAAAAACUAAAUACCAAAAGCCUGGAUAAACAAGUGUCGCUUCAGAGCAGACUUGAAAGAGUCAAGAGUCAAGAGUCAAGAGUCAAGAGUCAAGAGUGGAUGAUAACUACUCCACAAGCUGCUCACCCCCUCCAACAAUAAAUUUGUCUACUUUAGCCGCUACAACGUUUAAACCGUCCUCCAUCUCCUCAUCUGUCUUUCCUUCUUUGUCACGUCUCUGAUGUAGGACAACGUCUUAAAGGGACAUGAGACCAUAGUCUACUUUUAUGUAUUUAUUUUUUUAUACCAAAUAUACCGAUAUGGGCAAAAUGACGUCAGUUAUUGUCAUAAAUUUCAGUAUCAGUAAAUUUUCGGUUUAAUCGCCCAGCCCUACAUCCUCCUGUCAAUUGGCUCACUAAUAGUGGUCAACUGAUAUCACUUCUAUAAUGGCUAUGUCCCAAAAAUGGGUGAGUAUGAUAUGCUGAGUAACUGAUAAAGAUUUGAUUUUCAAUUUUUUUUUAGAAAGAUAGUGGUGAAAUCGGCCUUAAGAGAUUAAACUACCUGAUUUAAUCCAUCAACCGCUUAAUCGCUCUAUCGCUGCUCCCUAAUCUUCAAUUUCGUCUUAUAUUACAUUAGGCACACUACGACCAUUAGUGAGAAGACUUGAGAUUUGUCAGGUCAGUCAAGAUUAAACUCCAACAAGCACUAGGUUUUGCUCUGGUUCAUCUUUUCAUCUAUUGACAGAAACAAUAAAAGAAAGGACAGCAUCUCAAAGGGACAUGAGACCAUAGACUACCUACAACUUUUAUUUAUUUAUUUUUUAUAUACAGAUAUGGGCAAAAUUGACGUUGGUUAUUGUCGUAAAUUUUGGUAUCAGUAAAUUUUUCGGUUGAUCGCCCAGCCCUAGGUCAGAGCCACCACAUGUAGACUCUCCAAACCAUCCAGAUGAGCUAUUUGUCGUCCGUGUUUUGCUGUUUGGACUUACUGACCUGUGGCUGUGGCUCAGUGGUAGAGUAGUCUCUCACCCUUAGAGGAUGAGAGUUUGUUCAAGGUCCUGAUAUCCACACAUUGAAGUGCCCCUUGGCAAGACACUUAACCCCAAACUGCCCCCGGCGGCUGUGCCAGUGAUGAGUGAAUUGGAGUAGUUAAUAUGGUGUGAAUGGGUAACAGAGUAAUUUUCCCCAGCACAGACUUGCAGAGAGAGAAUUUCGUCAUCUAAAGUAUAUCUUUGGAUCUGGGUAUAUAAAGUUUACCCAGAUCUGGAGAAACUCUGCACAAAAGGGACAAGGCGUGCCAUCAGUGCACAAAAUCAUGCAUACAUAAUUGGAUGCAUAAAUGCCUGUGGCACGGGUAGCUUACACAUCUGGGAAUGUGACACCAUUAAAGCUAAACAAUGCACAUUUUUAAGGCACCAUAUGCUUGCGUGCAGAUUAUGCAUUUUUGAGAAGACCUUGCAUUUCAACUAGACAUUACCGACCAAUAUCCUGCAAGUAUAACAUCAGCAUUGCUCUGAAAGAAGGAGAGAAGGAGGGAAAAUAUCACACAUAUCGCACAUCACAGAAUUAAAAUUACCCCUAACUGUUGUUGGGCAUUGUAUAAGCCUAGACAUUGAGGCACCACUGCUAAUUUGGAGACCAGCAACUUCCUCCAUUUCCUGUCAUCUUCCUCGUUUUUUCCUAAUUAGAAUUUUAAUAAUCAUCUACAACUAAGGGUAAAUCUUCUUGCCCCUCUAUGCUUGUCACUGAAAAAGUAAGCUGUUUCUUUAAGCUUCAGCUGAAACUAAGAAGGUCGAAACAUUGCGCGAAAAAGCAGACGAUAGCUUCUUUAUUUUUUCACAUCCCUCCACUACAGCUCAUAAAGUAAAAACAGAAAAUACCAAUAUGGUUUAGCAAAGUUUCCCUCUCAGGCCUCUGUCAUUUAUGUGUGAAAAAACAUAUUUUUAAGUUAUUUUUGGGCAGUUUUGCCUUUUAUUGGAUAGGACAGCUGAAAAGAGAUAAGAAACAUGAGGAGUAGAGUCAGGGAGGACAUGCAGGAGUUGAACCAGCAACAAAGACCAAAGCCUCUGCACAUGCUUGAACCAUUCACUCCACUAGGCCUCAAGUGUAAGAAAAAAAAAUCUAAUUUUUCCUACUUUCAUCCUAUCAAAUCAGUGUCCGAGCUCAGGUCUUGUCAGCACAAUUGACACUUCUCAUUCAAAAGCCCAAGCCCACCCUGACCCACCGUCAUACAGGGCAAGCUGCAUGCCCGGGUAACUCAAGACACACAGACCAUUUAAUGAACUUUCCGUCUAGCUGAUCUGAACAAUACUAUCCCCUCUAGGCUACCAGCAAAUGUCUCUUAUAGGAAAAUAAAGGCGCCUUAGAACUUCCCCAGAGCUGACAUCUCCCAUGACCUAUUUUCAUCAUGGCGGGUGGCUGGUGAGUAGUUGCACAGUGCUAAAUGAAGAAAGGGCAUGCACAGAUGAAAGCACACGCACAAUGGGAUGAUAGGCGUUUGGCCAGAAUCUGACCCGUGCUAAAUGAUGACUAACGCAGACGGUCUAAUUUAAGAUUGGUGUUAUCUGCUAUUUUAUGCUGAGAGAGGAAUAAAAACAGGGGAAAAAAGAUUAGAUACCCCGAGGAAAAGGAAGUGGUGUUAUUUAUAGUUUUGAGGGACAUUGCCUCGUGAAUACAUAGGAAAGGAAGUUGUCGAUCUCUGAGAUACUGAAGAGGUCAGGCGGGAGACCAGUGCAAUGACAAGAUGGGAAAAGUAGCCCGAGGUCCCCCAGGAGUAGCUGAACCAUGCUAGAGGUUAGAGGCUAGAACGUGACAGUGUGACAUCCCCAGAGGUGAUGGAGGAGGAAGAGGGAACCAGGAACAAGGGAAUGCUUACAAGAAGCAGCAACGCACUUUACCACAAGACACAGCCUGAGGAUAGCUGUGAGAACUCUGCCGAGUCCCUGCUGAGCCACUGAACUCACAAACAAACAGACACAGAGUACAUAAAACUCAAUAUUGCAAAUGGCACCAAGAGGGAAUUUCCGCUAGAAAAGCUCUGAUGUGGUUUAAGCCUCCUCAUGCCGGUAACCAGAUGUGUGUAUCCUCCUGAUACAUAGUACCGCUUUGAUAAGAGUGAAACUAAAAAUCGUACAAACUGUCUUUUAAAAGUGGUUUAUAUCCUAUUAGUAAGCAAGCUAGGCACCUGGAAACUUGAUAAGCUAGUGCUAGCUGCCCCGGACUACCUUUGAGUAAGGUGACCAGAUUUCUGUAAUGACAUCCGGGGACAUCUGGGAAUCUGCUUACUCGCGCUUCCUGCCUUCUUGUCUACCUUGGGGGUGGGGGGUGCUAAGCAAAAAUAUGAUUUUAGGUGCGUUGGGGGUGGGGUUGGGGGUGGGGGAGGGGCAUCGGCUGUGUGAUCACAGACAACAUCUCGGCACUACUUAGUAGCAGCACACACCCCCAUAAAAACUGUUGUUCAGGAAUGCGGGCAACAUGCUUACUUGCACUUCCUAUCUUAUCGUCUACCUAGAGGGCGGGGGAUGCUAGGCAAAAAUAUGAUUUAAGGUGCAUUGGGGAGGGGGCGCAAUCCGCUGUGUGAUCACAAACAACAUCUCAGCAUUAAUUAGUAGCAGCACACACCCCUGUAAAAACUGUUGUUCAAGACUGCGUGCAACAUGCUUACUUGCGCUUCCUACCUUCUCGUCUACUGCCAAAACAGUUGUUCUAGUCUACGUGCAACAUUUUAAACGCUUAAAUCUGGGACAUUUCCAGGGACAGCUUUAGCCGGGGACAGGUCAUCAAUAUAGGGACUGUCACCGGAAAUUGGGGACAUCCGGGCACCUUACCUUUGAGCGACAUUGACACGAACUUGUUGUGGCCUAAACUUGUUCAAUCAGAAACUACUGGUUGCUAAUAUUUUUCUAUCUUUUGUCUUCUCUUACAUACACUGCUUUUGUCAACCUAACAUGAUAAUCAAUCUUAAACCAGUUCUUCUGUGUAAAAUAGUAUCACAGUAUGGCAGCCAUAACAUUCCCUGUUGCUUUGUAGGUGUGUGUUUGAGAGAAGAAACAUGACUGUUUUGGGGGGCUAAUAAAUUACAGUAUUGGCUCCGUGCAUCGACAAGCUUUCUGGGCUGCUCCCUGCAGAGCAUUUUAAGCAGUAUCAGAGACAUUUCCGAUACAAGUAUCAGCAUCAGAACAACUCCACUUUCCACAUCACAAAACCUUAAGGACCCAAAGGAUUCGCACACUGCACUAACUCAGCUCAAUAUCCUCCCCCUCAUCCGAGCUUGUGACAUUUGCAGAGAAAGCCUUAAAGAGGGGGAUAAAGAGGGAUGAGAGCUGGAGAGGAGGUGGGGGGUGGGGGUGGGGGGUAGCAUCUUUCCCUCCUCUCCUCCCUCAUUAGGAUUCUCUCAUCAGUCUUUCCCCGUGGAGGAGGGGGGGUGGGUGGACAUGUCAGGGUUUAUUAAUCGCUCCAGGAAAUAUUAUUGACCUGGACCUUCUGCUCCCUCUCUCCCUGCUGCAGUCAGUGUCUGUGCUCCGCUGCCCCCACAUUCCUCCGGUGUGUCCUGCCUGGACACAUUACAGGACACUGCGGCACAGCGUGGAGGCUUCAACACACAGUGUCUUCAUUGACGAUGCACUUGGCCUGGGCUUUUCUUUUCACCGCAGCUGCGCCACACACAUAAACUCGAACACACCCACACACACCUGCAGACUCGAGGAGAUGAAGCUCACCCUGCUCUUCUUCGUUAUAGACGUGAAAGCAGCUCUGUUCUCGUUAUUUUGCUUUAAAUUAAACUUUUUCUGUGCAUUCGUGCAAUUAAAAAAACAUGUUUCAAAUCUCAAGACUUAUUGGUUUUCAAAUCUUACAGGUCGAUUUCAGAAGAAAAGAGGUGCAUGAAUCAAUACAACGUGAACCCCUCUCUGAAUGCUCAAACAGUAGAAUCGAUCAGCGAUGCUCCUCUAUCCUCCCUCCUUUGCUUUCUUCAACCAGGAGAAAAUGAGAGAAUGAUCAGAGCCAUUCAGCUGAGACUCCUGGUCAUACCUCAUGAUGCAUUGGGUGCUUGCAUGCAAUGUGUGUGCGCGCCUUGCGUAAGCCUGUGUGCAAGUGUUGUGUGUGAUAGCAAAGAGCAGAGCAUGAGGGUGUAGGUGUUAAGCCUCUUGCCGCCUGCUCCCCACAAUCUGAUGCUUCCACUUUAACUCGGCUUAACCCCUCAUUCCUAAUUUGAUGUCAUGCACGUUACACGCGUGACUUUGCGUGUUGUUGCGCUAACAAACAGCGCACUAAAACCCUGCACAUGCUACAGUAUGUCCUGGAGACUACACAUAUCAGCAUGGCAUUGCCACGGAAACAGCUGAAGGGAGACAGCUGUUAUCAGCUCAGAGUGGCAUUUCCUGGAGUCUCUGCAAAAUCUGACAUUACAACGAUUUGAGCAUUUGUGUAUGCUUUACUGACACACCUUACUACACCCUUAACCCUCGUGUAGGAUGUCUUAAAAAUAUAUAAAAGUCAAAAUAUUCAUUUAAACUUGAAAAGUGAUUGACAGUCUCAUAGAAAGUAUGCUUUCCUAGUGUCUUAGUAAAAUUAAAUACAUCACUCUUCCGUUUUUACACAAACUCCAUGACUCUUAAUGUGACCAUUUCAUUUCAUAACCAAAAUCUGAAGCUGGCUCGCCAAAAAGUAAACAUUUAUAAUUAGAAAUUGUGUUCUUCCUUGCACUGAAUAUUAAGAGAGCAUUUUUUUUUCUCAAUGGGUUUAUGAGGCAGCAUGAUACGUCAACCAGUCUUGUUUUUCUAAUACUGGAUUUAUUGUGCCUCCCUGUGGUCAUAGGAGGCAUUACACUGUGAUUUUUUGUUUUGUUUUAUGACAGGGCUAAUGAAUGACCAGGAUAUGAGUGUGUUGUUCCAUUGUGUCUCGGUGAACUUUGCACCGAUGUGCACAUUCCUUAAAGUAACAGUCACCCAAUAAAGAAACACGCGUCUGAUCUCUCAAUGGCCUUUGUGCGCUCUAAAUUGUGAAAUGACCCAGCGAGGCAUGUUCUCAUGAAUGUCCACUUUGCAAACAUGUCUGGCGCUAAAUUUAAUAUCCGUCUUCAUUUUGUUUUUCUUGCAGUCACAAUGGUCCUGCUUCUGUUUUUGGUAGCAACCACAACAACAUCUAAUUCCACCAGCAAUGGGAACAAAACAAAAGGUAAGGUCAACAACGUAAGCAAUGCACCUCAACAUGUGAGGCUGUGCAACGCUAAAGCAUGUCAGAUAGCAACACAAGUCCCAUUGCAACCUUCUGCAGUCAUCACUUUUCCUUGAGGUAUGAUUAUGUAUCUUCUACCUGAGUGCAUGCAUCUGCGUGAUAAUAGCCCUCUUCUACUGCCUUGUUAUUACUGCAUCACAAUGAACCUCAGCAACCGUGGACAGUAAUUUACGGCUUAUUGUGUGUCCUUAUAAACACAGCUAAUAGCCGGCUGUGUGGCUGUGACUCUUGGCUGAGUGUGCACUCUCAGAGACGCUCAUUUUCUGUGAGCUGAUACUUAUCUCUGUCGACAAAAUACUGCUGAAGCCAAUCAUUAAAUCAGGCCUGUGACCAGAGGAGAGCAUGGGUGGCGCAUUGCUGUGCAUGUAAUAUUGAUUUUGUGAUAUCACAUGGCUCAUACACAUGUAUGGAGCUUAUACACAAACACGUCUCGCCGGCCUUGCCCCCUUCUUCCUGCUUCUUUGUUGCCGGUGCUCCCUGACCCCCGGCUCUGCCUCUCCUUCUUCCUCAGAAGGCGUUACAUCCCCCAGCCAACACAUCCUCCCCAUCGUGCUGGUCCUGUCCCUGCUGCUGCUCAUCAUCGCACUGCUAGCCUGGUACUUCCUCAGGUAAAAAAAAAAAAUGAAAAUGAAAAAAAAAUAAAAAAUCACCCACCCUGCAUUCACCUCACAACACCCCCCCUCUCCUCGCUGACUGGCUGUGAGCCAGGACUGGGGGCAGAGCUCAGGGUGACAAACACUUCCUCCUUCAGUCACUGAGGCGGAGUCCAGUCAGGAAGUGCUGCGAGGCUGACUCCCUCUCAUGCUUAGUGAGAGGAGAACAGAGUUUAACAGUGGACCUACAGAGGAGAGCGGAGGACUAAUUUUGAACCACAUUCGGACUAGAACUCAGUGACUGCCAGACAUCAGCUAAUGAGAAAGAAUAGCUUCUCAAGUUUUAGAUGGUAGGAAGGACAGUCUUUCGUUUUUACCUAAUUGGAAGGAGAUUUUCAGCGUUGUAUAACUGACAUAAAAAAUAAUAAUUUAACUUCUGUAUUACAUGUUUUUUUUUCUUUCGACUUAAUUGCCCUUUCUCCAAGCAGGUUAAAAAACCGUGGGAAACCAGUCGUCACAACAGUCGACAAGAAGGUACCAAAUGGCAUCCUGGAGGAACAAGGUAAUAUUGCUUUUAAUUGGGCAUAAUAAGAGACAGCACAGGUUCACUGUAAGCUAUGCGAGCAACAGGCUGGCACUGAAAAGAAGCACUGCAAGAAGCAUGGAACGAAGAAAUUUAGAAGCAAGAAAAAGAAAGCAGUCAAGAGUGAAGACUUGAAACUUAUCUUUCAACUGUAUGAGCAGGUUGCCCCCAGUCUGCGUUGUGGUUGAGCAAGACUUCCUGUGGUUAAUGUCAGGACUGAAAAUAUACUCAUCUCCCCCCACCUCUAAUAGCUGUUUGAUGCUGCACGUAUAUUCAGAGUGAAUCUUUAAUCGUGCAAAAGGAGCAGAUGUCGCUGCACUCCGAGCAGCAGCGGUUGCACGUACGUUUGGAUUUGUGUUGCAUGCUAACAGAAGCUCUUGAGUUUACAGGAAGCAAUAUGUCCUUCGGGCCUUAAGUGUUCUUUAGGAAGUUUUCCCUUAUCUGACGUAACAAUGGCAGGUUGUAUUCUUGGAGAUUAGACUGUUCACUUGGAUGUACGGCAAGAAAACACAAACACAAGUUCAGUGGCUGUAAAAGCCCCAGAGCAAGUGUCAGGAUAUUAGUUUAGCCGUCUGUUACUUUAACCUUCAACAUGACAUUCCUGCUCAUAAUACAGUUUGAAACUCUCAGUCUACUCUGCUUUACUAGACAUUACUGUGACUAAUCAGAUUUUAUGUUGGAUUGGUUUAGGAUUGAGCAGUUUGGUAUAAAUUUUACACUUUCUUGUUUAGAAGUUGUUGUCAGACGUGAUUAAACAUUUUUACGCUUCUUUUCAUCCACAAAAGCGAAAGUUGAAGUGUUCCAUUUCAGUCUAGUAACUGCAUCCUCUUUUAUGAACAUUAUGAAGUCAUAAGAUCAUUUAUGACGGAUGUCUUUAAUCUGUUUGGCUCUAUACACGUGUGCUGUAUAUAUGACAUGUUUGAUGUGUGUUGUGUUUUAGAGUGUGGAUACAGUACUGAGUCCUUAUACACCACUAUACCACCAGGUUAGGUAUACGGGGUGGCGGUAUCACGUUACUAACAUCCUUGUACGCACUAACCGAAUGGGCUAGUUCGGUGUCUGACCCCCAAUUUUCACAGCAUCCGGAAAGGCUUCAAUCCAGAACGGCGGCGAUUUUCGCAUUCCGUCAAUUCCUACUGGAUCUGUUUGUGAGGCGAAUUUCGUGGCAGAUUGUGGACAACAGGUUCACAGAUUCACGUGCAAUCGCGCGAUAACAAGUUGUCUUUAGCCACAAAGGCUAACCAUAAAAACAGUAGAUUGUGUCCUUCCAGAGGAGAAAAUCUACUUCUGGACUUACAUAACCAGCAUCCUCUCGUUCAUGGUGUCAUCGAGGUGAAAUGCUGUCUGAAAACCUUUCACUUGUUUGUCCCCGCUCGUUUGCAUGGUGUGAAAUACAAUCCAUCUGAAACAUGGAGGGCUCUAUUUUGGUGCCUCGCCGGAGACGUGCCGCAAGCGCAGCGUCAGUCAGAUCCGCCGCGCUGACAAGGCGUUCCCAAGCACAUUUUGAUAUUUUGGUGAGCCGCGCAGCCCGGCGUAAGUAUCCCCCCUCCCUAACUCAGCUCCUCCCAGCACCAUAAGUCGUAACGGGGAGGAGAAAGGGCGUGAAGUCGGUUUAACACAGCCGAGACCUGUUUUCACCAAUCACAUAGGCUCCUCUCCUUGCCUUUAAAUCCGCCACAGGCGAGGCGUAUUACUAUUUUCAUGAAGUAGUCAAAGAGAUCAAGAGAUGUCUUAAGACAGUAAUGCCACAAGAUGGCGACAGAGGGCAGCUCCUCAACAAGUGUCCUCCACACUCUCUCAUAUGAGCACAGAUGGAUUUAGUGUGCGUAAUGUUGGACCCACUGGUAAGACAAACACCCUUUUCCACAAAUAAAGACACUCACAUAAAGUUGCUCAUAUUCAAACCUCACGUAACAAAGGUGGGUUGAGCGCACAGAUCACAACAUAAACUCCAAAAAUGGCAUUAAAAUCGGAACCAUCUGUGCGUAAAUGACGCAUCGCGCUCCGUGGCCUGGCUCUUUCUUUCAUAGAUGUUGGCAUAUAAAAUAAAUUUGGCUCACAAAACUGAAUAUUAUAAUAUCUGUAUGUCGGCUUAAAGUAGAUAACGCAUCUGAGCACUGAAACAAAUCAUCUGUUCAGCUGCAGCAGCAGCAAGACGGACAGAGGACACGGAGACGUGUCCAGGUCGAGCUGUGCGAGAAAUAAGAGGAAGAGGAAGAAAGAAAAGGAGGGAGACACAUUACAUAUCUUGUUAACUUCAUCAUGUGUGUUUAUUUACUAGAUAUUUAAUUUAAUUUUAUGCGGUUUCAGCUGUGUUGAUUCGGUCAGGUUGUGUGUCCAAACGCGUGCCAAACGCGCUCAUCAGAUCACAUAUAGAUCAGAAUAUAUCGAUAUAGAUCUAAAUGUAUGUGCUGACUCAGAUUAAUAGUUGAUGAUGAUUAUUUAUUGCACUGAAAUGUGCCUGACACUGUGGAAACCUGCCGGUGAGGCAUCAGUGACGUAAGUCGAUACGCCGCCGGUCUACCAAAAUACUACUAGACCAGCUGCGUUCCGCCUUGCGCUGAAAGCUGACCAGGUUUGAAUCGGCGAGCUUUCAGCGCACUUUACACGCUGUUGGCGAGCACGAAAAUGUCACUGCGCCAGCUGAUUCUGUCGACACCUCCCCCUGCCACACCACCACGCCCAGCUUGGCGGAUCUCGGCUCGCCUCCGUGCGGCUCAUGCCACGAAAAUACCAAAUUGGCCUUACGCUGGGCUCCGCCAGACGAAAAUACAACUGCGCGGGGCUCGCCGCCCUCCGCCGCCUCACCGGCGCGAACGAAAAUAGAGCCCGGAGUGUUUUAUUUUGAAAAGAAGCCUGAUGCUUUAUUUUGUGUCUGUGCCCGACUUCCUUUGCAGCACAGGUUAAUCUGUGCUGAAUUUAUCCAACAUGCUGCGGCGUCCAGAAAAAAUACAACUUUUGCGAUCAGCUGCAGAGUCCGGUGAUCUGCAGCAGAAGCUGGUGGAAAUUGACACGUUAACUUUAAGGGUUUCCAUCAGCCACGAUUGGUGGAUACGGCCUUUUCGUAGCCGUUCCGGAUGCGGUGGAAAUUGGGGGUGAGAGAGGUUUCCAAUUAAAAAAACGGCCAGCAAGGAGCUGGAUGUGUCUUGUCUCUUGGGUCCCUUGGUUCUCUAACACUUGUGGUUAUUUGGUGAUUUCAUACUGAAACUUCAGAUAUAAGUUUGGUAAUUUGGUCUUUUACAAUGAUUUUUUUUUAAAGCAAAUUGGUUUGAUAUUUUUUUAAUAUAGAUUCAAAUUGAACAAGGUAGCAUGAACUACAAGAGUACCUAGAAACUAAAAUAUAAAAUUUAAACUUUUUUAAAAUCAACAUUUUAACUUGAGUAGAUAUACAAAAUCAAUUAAUAAUCAUUACAGUAAAACCUACAAAUAAAUGGUUGACACACAGAGCUAAUCCAACUAUAUAGUGUAGACAUCACAUUGAGAAAUCCUGAUCUACUUAAUCCCGCUCAGAAUUGAUCUCUCAUAGUUGCCGUAGUCAUCUCGAUAACUGAAUAAUUUGAUAGCGGUCACUUUCAUUAACCCAACAAAAAUAUUCAACCCAAUCAGUCAGCAGAGAUAAUAAAUCUAUGUACCUUUGUCCUCGCAGAGCAACAGACGGUGGUCCUUCUCCCCAGAUCUCCAUCAGCCUCCAAGACCUACUUACCUAUCCCAGUAGACCACCUGGAGGAGGAGUACCGGCUCCGCUCAGCUGAUGAUGGCAAACUCUUCCGGGAGGAGUACAAUGUAAGCACAACCACCUCCACAUCUGUAGGUUAGAAUAGAAAGUGGUCAUAAAGCAGGAAGUGGUGUAAACAUUUAACAUCUGUGGUUGAAGAAGUGAGUUAUUGGGGUUAGAAAUGGUCCAACACUCAGUUUUGGCCAAUAGUUGGUCCUCAGACUGGUACUAGAAAGGUAUGUAAAAGUCUAACAUUGUGUCUCCUAAAUGUCAAAAGUAUUUAAAACCCAAGAAAUCAAAGUGCGCUUUUUUCUGCCGCAACAGACCCCCAUCUAAAACACCAACAACUUGAUUUAAAGGGUAUUCCCACGACUACUAUAUGAGUUACAAGUUCACGGAAAGACAGAAUAUCAUGACUUGUGCAUCUAUUUUUAUUUUGGAAAACUACCGGUACUUAUCAGUAUGUGUCACAUUGCCCAUGACACAUAUUGUACACAUAAACACCCACAUGAAUGAAAAAUGUCCCUCCGCCUAUUUGUGACUGCUUUUAGGGAUCUGAGUCAAGAUCAAGUAAUGACUCAGGCUUCAUGUCACACGUACAGAUACGUUUUUAAUCCGAUGGUUUGUCCACAAAGACAGAGGAAGUUUUAAUAGAGGGCAGUUCACUGUAUAGGUAGCAGAGGAAGUGCCAACAUUAAAGCUGAACAAAGACGUUCAUACUGCCAUACAAUGUGCAUGAGUGUUAAAAAGUCAGGCUUGUUUUUUCAGUGUGGGAGCUAUAGAAUUAAAUGUUAAUCAUGCUUCGCAGUCGUUGCCAGGGGGUAAUGCCCAAGGGACGUACGAGGAGGCCAACAAGGACGAGAACAAGGAGAAGAACAGAUACCCCAACAUCCUCCCCUGUGAGUGUACUUUCUGUUCUGUAGGAACCAGUUUUUCUUUGACUCACACCCCGAGCUCGCAGAGCUCACAGUUUCCUGCCUGCGUGUGCACGUGUCUUUAUAGGGUUUUUUAUUUUUUUACAGAUCACAUACAGUAGAUCCUCCCCCGUAGCUCAUGUGUUUAUUCACACUCAUAGUUUCCUCACUCUUCUUCCUUUUUACAGUACAAGUUCCUGUCAUACACCUCCGUCCUAUUAGUAAUUUACAUGUAUUUAGCAACACUAGUGAGUUGUGAUUCUUAAAAGGACUAGUCGGACACUUUUGAGUUGCUUUUUUGAUGUAUUUUAUAGCCAUGACAUAAUUCAUACCAUACUUAUCUGAUUGGUUAAUAACUGCUGGUUUGGAUUCUGUGAGGUUUGGACAGGCUAACUCACACUUGUUCCCACUUUUUACGCUCAACUGAGCUUCUUGUUUCCAUUUCAGUGGAUUUUAUUUUGAAAGGUCAGUCUGCUCUAUUCAUGUCAGAUCCUGUGGUUUGCUUUCUUUUUAAGCUCCAUUAAACAUAAAGAGAUAUCCAAACUAGAACCUUUAGAAAAAUCACCAAAUGGCACAUUUUAUCUCAUUUACAUCAUUGGCCCCAUAAACAAAUAAAUAAAUGUCGACAUUUUUUGAUAACUUGAUGUGUGAGGGAGGUAAUUUGCCAGACAGCAGUUGCCAGGCAACCAGCAGCAAUAAGAGGAAUCUAGUGCUGCUUAAUUUUGCCAACUUUUUAAAAGCUUCCUCCCCUCUAUAUUGUUUAUCAUUAUGGCAAGACCAGCUAAGUAGAUACUUGAACUUGAACCAACAGGAUAUCUCAAGUUUUGAUAAAUCGAUUUCCUAUCUUUGCCAUCAAAGUUUGUCAUGCGAAGAGCGUACUAGCACAGACUAUGUCCUCUGCUAUCUGUGGUUAACACCUUCAGAAGCAUCAGGCGCCCGCAGCUUAAAUAUACGUUUCCUCCUCUAUCCACUGCCAUGUCUUUUUUCUGAAUUGAGGCCAAAGAGCUCCAAACCAAAUUUCUAGAAUAACACGAGCAUUCGUUCACAUCUUAAAUCUUUUUGUCAUUGUUGUAUUUUGGGCCAUAUUUGCCUAAAUUCCCUGGACAGUUAAAGAGAAAGACUGGAGAUGUAAAGGAACAGUGUGAGUGUGUGCUCAAACCACUGAGCCGAACCAGUGACACUACAUGUGUUAUCUGUUUCAUCUGCAUGAAAACACUAAAUUAGCGGUUUUAAAUGUGAUAUGUGCCCGUGUCUAUGACCAGGUAACCAAGAGAACUCUGGGAAAUUUCUGUUGCAGAUAUUUUCUUUUUAAACUUUAGCUUUUCUUAAAUUAUUCCAGUUUCUCUGCCUAACUUAGCUGAGCAUACAAAAGAGGUGCAAUUCUUGUUUCCCACCAAAAUAAAAGCAAAAAGUAGAUAUGUUAAGAAGUCAGAUUUUUCCUUAAUUUCUCUCAGUGAGAUAACGUUAAAUCAGACACAGGUGUUAAUACAGACACUGAGUCUGAGUCUAUUGUCGCCAGGCUAAGCUAACAUCGACCAUACAGACUUUAGAGAGACAUUGUUCUUUUCUCAGAUUGAAAAGAAAUGAAAAGUCCAAACUCUUACUUCCACAUUUACUGCCUGAUAUUAAUCAGACUGUGGCAGACCAUUUUUGGCUCUUUUCAGUGUAAACAAAGUCUGCCUAACAGAACCCUCCAACCACAAAUUAAUGCCACAUUUUAAGUUUUUUUAUCUGGGGAGUAUUGUCGUUCUUAUCUAACUUUCCAUGAAACCAAAUAGGCUGAUUUCAAUACUUGGAAACUCCUUCUUUCUCUACGUAUUUCUUGAAAAUUCUCAUUGUGUUUUUGAGUUUAGCGAGUGACUGUGUGUGUCUGUUGUUUUUCCUCUAUAAUCUCCUCAACUUUUCGAUGUUGUUUUCUCAAACAGAUGAUCAUUCCAGAGUGGUGUUGACUCAGCUGGAUGGAAAUCCCUGCUCAGACUAUGUGAAUGCUUCUUAUAUUGAUGUGAGUGGUGCCUCAUUCUGUCAUAUGUGGCUCUUUUCAUUGUGAAAUGGAAACACGAGCACUACCUAGAUGAAAACUGCAAUCUGUUACUCACAUUUUUGAUAUGUCUCUAUAAUUUCCCCCAAUAUCGAUUUCGCAGAAUAGUCCGUUAUCAGAUUUCCUGAUGGUGUCAUUUAGAAAAUGUAAAAGCUGGUGACACUCUCACUAACAUUUUCCUUUCUACUAGGGUUUCACGGAAAAGAACAAAUUCAUAGCAGCACAAGGUAAGACGAGUUGGACUUAAAUUAGCUUGAUUAUUAGCUUCAUGUCCUUAAUCAAUAACUAUUGAACUGUUUUGUUUUGCAGGUCCGAAGGAAGACACUGUAGCCGAUUUUUGGAGGAUGAUAUGGGAGCAGAAAGUAGCAACUGUUGUCAUGCUGACAAACCUGAAAGAAAGGAAGGAAGUGAGUGAUUUUUCUCAUGUGAUUUCUUAAAGAUGUGUGUUGAAUGAAAAUAGCUACUUUCCCCUUUGCAGCGUAGUCUUAGACUCUGUGUGAGGAUUAAUGGAGCAUUGAAAUACAAAGACUGAAGGAAGAAAGUUGUUUUGAAAAGACUUCAUUGGUUAUGGUCAAAGGUGAAAGCGUGGGCUCUAAUUUGAACUAUUCUUUCCUCACCUGUAAUCUCCGCUCUGACAUCUCUAUUCUCCACUUAAAUUGUCUCUAUUGUGAAGCAUGUGAAUCAGAGCUUACCUACCGAACAAGGGAACGAGGACAAAAGAGAUCAAUAUGAAGAGAACUGGCGCAGAUUUAAAUCAGCAUGUGAAUGGGUUGAAAUCAAUGGCCACAUAAUGUGCUAUUAGGUCCCAUAAGGAAGUGUCAUAAUCACCCUCAGAGUCCGACAUUGAAUGGAUUCACCUCUCUCACUCACACUAAUGUGGACUCACUGACUGUGAAAUUGAAGCAUGUGUGAUUUUGCACUUGAAAAAUUCUGUCCUUUGAGAAGGAAGUAGUUGAUGUGUUUAAUAAAGGCUGUUAUUUUCCCCUUAGGACAAGUGUUACCAGUACUGGCCAGAUCAGGGCUGUUGGACGUACGGGAACGUGAGGGUGGCCGUGGAAGACUUCACAGUGCUUGUGGAUUACACCAUACGCAAGUUCUGCGUUCAAUAUGUGAGUUUCAAGAAGUGCUUCAUAGUUGGUGGAAAUUGUACGUCAACAGAAACAUGGGUAGUGUUGGUGUAACCUGCUCUAUCCUGUGAUAUAGUUCCUUUUUUUUUUCACUUUGAGAUAAACAGAACAAACUUCCAGAAGCACUUUAUUUCUGUGUAAUCUGAAAAAAGCAAGUUGGUCAAAGGCACCAGUAUUUUUUUUUUAAGAUACCUAACCCCGAAUUUCCACCAUAUCCGGAACGGCUCCAAUCUGGAACGGCUGCGAUUUUCACUGUCAGCCAAUUCCUACCGGAUCCGUUUGUGAGGCGAAUUUCAUGGCGGAUUAUGGACAGCAGGAAUUACGAAAACUCACAAGGACCCGCAGAUUUACGUUCAAUCGUGCGAUAACAAGUUGUCUCUGGCCACAUAGGCUAACCAUAUAAGCAGUUGAUUGUGUCCUACUUCUAGACUUCUUAAAUCAGCAUCUCCACGCCAUGGUGUCAUCGCGGUGAAAUGCUGUCUUUAAACCUUUCACUUGAUUGUCAGGGUGUUUUAUUUUGAAAAGAAGCCAGAUGUUUUAUUUUGUGUCUGUGCCCGACUUCCUUUCCAGCACUGGUUAAUCUGCGCUGAAUUUAUCUGGCAUGCUCCCGUGUAGGGAAAAAAAUAGAACUCUUGCGUUUAGCUGCGGAGUCCAGCGAUCCACAGAGGAACGCAAAGAAGCCAAUGGAAAUUGACACAUUACCUUGAAUGGUUACAAUCAGCUAUGAUAGAUGGAUACGGCCUUUUCAUAGCCGUUCCGAAUGGGGAGGAAAUUGGGGGUAAGAAUCUGAGUCAGAUUUAUGACCCUUUGAUCAUCAAAUAGCAAGUUGAGGAGGCUCAGUUUUAAAAACUUUGAAUUAGGGAUGCGCAAUAUUAUAUUUUUGCCGAUAUCUGAUAUGCUAAUUAUUUCAAACUCUGUUACAAAUAUGUAAAACACCUUCUAAUGCUUAUAUAAAGGUGUCAAACUCAAUUCGAAGGUGUUGUUGUAAUGUCUGUGCGUCUCUGCUUUGUUUAUGUCUCCAUGCAGCAAGCUAGCGAUGUUGCUAAGACUCCCAGACUCGUCACUCAGCUUCACUUCACCAGCUGGCCUGACUUUGGAGUUCCUUUUUCCCCCAUCGGCAUGCUCAAGUUUCUCAAAAAGGUCAAGGCAGUCAAUCCGCCCUUCUCUGGGCCUAUCGUGGUGCACUGCAGGUACCAGACUGCCUCUUUUGUUAUUUUGUUGUUUCCUCGGUCAUUUCAUUUUCCAAUUAGUCUCUAUGGUGAUAAAUAUUUUUCAGUCUGAGUAUCUGCUUUGUGUGCCUGAUGGAAAACAAGCUAUCAUCUAAGGCUGGAAAUAUUUUGAGUGACCGAAGCAGCGCAUGUGUUUACAGGCACAGAUGUCCCUUUGUUUCACUGCUGUUGUCCAUUAAGAUGUCGGUGUCAGCUGAGGAUUGUGGUUUGUUUUGUGUCUCUGCAGUGCCGGUGUUGGGAGGACAGGAACCUUCAUCGUGAUAGACGCCAUGAUCGACAUGAUGCACGCCGAGCAGAAAGUUGACGUGUUUGGGUUUGUUGCUAAGAUACGGGAGCAGCGUUCACAGCUCAUUCAGACAGAUGUGAGUCGGGAACAGGGCGUAACACUAAUACCGGACGGCUAGCUUGUUGCUUAUCCCUCCUUCAAUCAUCUGUAAGUGUUUAAAUGUACCAAUCUGUUUGUGUGGGCGCUCUCCUUAGAUGCAGUACUCAUUCAUCUACCAGGCCCUGCUUGAAUACUACCUCUAUGGAGACACAGAGCUGGAUGUGUCAUCUCUUGAAGGCCAUCUGCACAAGCUACACAACACCUUUGCAAACGGUGACCGGGUUGGCCUAGAAGAAGAGUUCAAGGUACAAUCUUCUCCUCAGAUUCUCUCCUCUUAGUUACCAAUAGAGGAAAUUCUGAUUCGAUCGUAUUCCUCUUUUAAAAUCAAGUUAGCUACAGUCAAAUCUGGAAUAAAAGUUACACUGGGAUAAGACUUUUAAGACUCUUUUUGGGGUAUCUUAAAGGGGGAAAAAGGGGGAUAAACCACAUCCCUGUAUCAGGACUUUGCUCAAGUUCAGUAAUAUAUGUUUUCUGAGCAGAUGCGUGGCUAUUUUAAGCACCAUCUGGUGUUGCAGCAAUGUCAGCUAGCUACCCAGUGGUACUAAUAGCUAUGAGGUCCAGAUGCAGGUCUUUUAGAGUAUGUUCACAUGUGCCAGGCUAUUUUCAUAAACAGAUAUUUAACCCUCUCCAUUUACAAGAAAAACUGCGUGCACACCACGUUUUCCAAAAAGUUUUCAUCACACUAACCUGUGUAUAUAUGCUGUCAAGGGCAUAUGAAAUGUAUGGGUAGCAGUGACGUGAGAGGCUCAAGCCCACAUUAGCCAAUCAGAAUCCCACAUAACAGCAAAAACAACAACGUCCCUUCCUUCUUGCAUGCGUACAAUCUGCCGUAGGCAACCCAAAUCUCCGUUUACCUCUGUUUUUUCACCGUUUAUGUGCAAACUGAGUUUUCUAAAAUCUCCACUCUGGCCGGAGUUUUUAAAAAGCAUUGUUUUCAGGGGCGAAUUCUCCAUUUGCGUCUAAACGAAGGGUACAAACGAUGGUUAAUAUCUCCAUUUAAAAAAAAAAAAUGGGUUCGUACAAAGGGGGCCUUAAAUACAAAAGAAUAACAAUACACAAAGCACCACCAUGUAAGGCUCUGCACAUCUUCCAAAGCCACAUAAUUGUCAUUAUACAUGUCUUCACAAACCUCUUCUUUUGAUUACCCUGCUGCAGAAAGGUGAUGCAUCUGUAAAUUAAGCAUUUGUUGCAUUAAUGGCUUAAAAUGAUCAAGUUUUAUUGAUAUGAUAUACAAUAUAUUUCUCCAGACUAGGCCUCACAAGAAGGUCUUACAGUUUAAGGUAACUAAGGCAACUAAUCAGCUACUUAAACCAUCGGCCAGUGCUGUAGGUAAUUGUCAAAAGGUCAGAUGGUCCAUACCACAGGAAAAUAGGCUGACUUUGGCGCUAAUGUGCAGCUCAAGAUGUGUUUUGUUUAGAAAAGCCAAACAAUUUUUUAAUUGUUUUGUGAGAGGAACUAAAUAAGUCAGAGGCUUGACUCUGCUUUCUCUGUGUCCGCCCAGAAACUGACAAACAUGCGAAUAAUGAAGGAGAACAUGAGAACUGGGAACCUUCCUGCCAACAUGAAGAAGAACCGAGUUCUGCAAAUUAUUCCAUGUAAGAAAGCAAAGUGCUGCUACAGACAUUUGUUGCUUUCAUUUUAUAUUGUCCGAGAUUAUGUUAAACAUCUAAGAAUGUUUUUUUUUAAGAGUCCUGGCUUCAGCAGCAUUUCUAACUGUACGCUUCUUCAGAUACGACUUUGUUUACCUGCUUCUCUAAGAAUGUGUUUACAGCUGCUCUACUGUGAAUGUUUUUGAGCAGUUUCCUGUUUUGUUUCUGUUCCAGAUGACUUCAACAGAGUCAUUCUCUCCAUGAGAAGAGGUCAAGAGUUCACGGAUUACAUCAACGCAUCUUUUAUAGAUGUAAGCACAGUUUACGGCCACCCUGUUUGCAACAGUCCACACAUAUUAGUGCUUAAAGUGAUAAAGGCCUAUAUGAAGCUUAACCGAACCGUGUGUUUUUCUGUGUCUUUUAAGGGCUACAGGCAGAAGGACUACUUCAUUGCCACACAGGGCCCUCUGCCGACCACAGUGGACGACUUCUGGAGGAUGGUGUGGGAGUGGAAAUGUCACUCCAUUGUAAUGCUCACUGAGCUCCAGGAGAGGGAGCAGGUAAGCUGUUACAGCUGCUGCCAGCAAGCGAGAAAUGAUAGAUGGUUUAAUUUCACCAUGACAGCAGGGCAACAAAAACAUCUCUCGACUUCUUCCCACAUCUGGAAUGAAAUCACACUUUUAUAGAGUAGAUUAUUACAAACGUGGAAUUUUAUAUUUCGAGCUACACUGUGUGAGAAUAUUUAAAUUUCCUGACUUUAACGCAGGUUGUUGUCUUUCUGUCUGUAUUUUGCAGGACAAAUGUUGUCAGUACUGGCCUACUGAGGACUCGGUCACAUACGGAGAUUACACAGUAGAGUUGAAGGGAGACACUUUGUGUGACACCUUCAGUCUACGAGACUUGGUACUCACCUUUGUCCCGGUAAGCAAAUCGCCCUGCACUAUCACACAGUAACACCUCGAUGUGUUUGCCUGACAGGAUAAGAAGUUCACUGGAUGUCUUUGUGUCUUUCUGUUGAGUGUCUGAGUGCGACUGGUGUUACUUCAAAUCCUUACUGAUUCACCUACAUGGAUUCAUUGUAAUGACUUAAGGUGCAUGUCAAGUCAGAGACAGAAUCUGUCAUUUUAUUUGUGUAUAACCUAACCUAAUUAGUUCAUACAUUAUAGGCAGCUUUAGUUGUGUUUGCAAGAAAAGAAAAGAAAACGAAACUGCCUGGUGGUUUAGCUAAAUUUGGUCUUUGUGGCAGAGAGGAUGUUUGUAUUAUUUCUAUUUCUGUUUUUAGUCUCUGCUUGUAAGAAGUUGCUUUCAUUCAACAGAAAUAACAAUGGCGACUAAAAAUGAGCAUUAAUCGGGAGAAUGACAUUGACUCAUAAGGUUUUGGAGGCGUGCAAGUGUGCAGAUGUAGACCGACCACUCAGUUUCUCAGGCUGUUUGUCUUUCUCACCUAAAAUAAAGAGCAUAUGCUGUGGUCAAAUGUGUCGAUGAGGAGCAGCAUGUAAGAAAAACGCAAAAGAAGCAUGAGAAACUUUCAGUAUCGCCUUGAUAACACUAAAGUACGCCCUUUAAACUUAGUCACACAAUAAUGCACUGGGACCAGGAGAGGAGUUGCAAAACCUGAAGAUUUAAAGGAUAAAUGUUGGGUUAUUUAUGGAUAAUUUUUUGGGAGAGGGGUUUAUUUGGUCUUUUUAUAAGUUUGUAAGUGUGACCUCUUUAAUUUAAACUUUUAAAAAUACUAAAAAGUAAAGAUUGUGUGCUCUGAAUUUGAAGGGCAGCCUGAAAAAGUAAAACAGGCCUAAACAUAACUGUCUCCCUAAGAAUAAAAACUCCUUUGGCCGCCAGAGUAAAUUUGUUUAGCAGGAUGUGUUUAGGAUUAUCAGGUAGGAGCCUCCCAUCUCAUAUAUUUCAUUACAUUCGACCCACAUCACCUCUCAGAGGCUCGGCGGUACAUCUCUCUCUCCAGAAUCAGCACCCAUCAGUCCACCACUCAUCUGCUGCACACUUAACCUACACUGACAUUGCACCUGCCAUUACACCUUGAUGUGCUGCUAAUAAAUCACAUUUGAAAGGUAUAAUGAUGUUUCGUCUGCGCUUGCGUUUCCUCUCGAAGGAGAAGCAGACGAGGGUGAUCAGGCACUUCCACUUCCACGGCUGGCCGGAGAUCGGCAUCCCCGCUGAGGGGAAGGGCAUGAUCGACAUCAUCGCCUCGGUGCAGAGACAGCAGCAGCAGUCUGGGAACCAUCCCAUCGUUGUUCACUGCAGGUAGCUACAAAUCACUGCUUUAGGGCGCAUAUUUAUGCAUUUCUCCUGUUUGCAUUAUCAUAUUUGGGGUGUCUGCUGCAGCGUUUUGCAUAUAUUUUAACUGAAUCAGCUUGAAUUAAGAGUUUUUGUGUUUGUUUGUGACGCAGUGCUGGUGCAGGGCGAACAGGUACGUUCAUUGCACUGAGCAAUAUCUUGGAGCGAGUCAAAGCAGAGGGCCUGCUGGACGUGUUCCAAACUGUGAAGAGUUUACGCAUGCAGAGGCCUCAUAUGGUCCAAACUGUGGUAAGUGACCAGUAGGAGUGUUCCUGUAAUAAAAUAUAGAGCUCAAUAGCUGGGUUCCAGUCAGGUGAUUAUAAUGACACGAGAGGGCGGGGCACUUUCAGAUGAGGGCAGGAAGUAAACAUGGAGAACACAUCUAUGGAGCAAACUGUUGCAGAGAGUCGGUCUUGUACAGAUUUAGAUCCAGUUUUAAGACAAAGAUACGAGCAACUAAUUAGCAAAUAUGUCAAACGUGACCCGCAUCUCAUUAAGAUUUGUGAGUUUUUCACAGAACUUAAAGAUUUGCAGACAAUCAAGGCUGUUGAUAUCACUAACUAUCUGGUCCUCCAGACGUCCUACUACACUACUACACCAUCUUCUGCUCUCGUUGAAAAGAUGCCUCUGAUUUGGGCUUGGUUUUUUGGUAACUGCGGUUGACCGUCGGAGCCCAGUUUACCGACUUAACGUAACCCAAAGCGCUAGGGCAGUCUAAAAAGUCCCAAUGAGGCCAUAUUAGACUACCAGAAACUUAAUCAUAAUGAUUACUAAGUAAACGAGCAUUUAACGACAAUCUAAUGCUAUAUUAGGACUGAGCGAUUUGGCCAAAAAGAUGAUCACGUUAUACUUUGUCAUAUUGUCCGAUCUCGAUUAUUAUCCCAAUUUUGUUUUUAAACUGACAGUUUUAAAGCAUCUGUAUUUAAAACUAAAAAAAUAAAUAGAUAAAUACUAAAUAAGACGUUAGAUAACUUUUCUUCUCAACAAUAACAUUUUUGGAGGAUGACUCAAAGUCAUGGCUGACAUCUAUUUUACUGCCCUCAGUUCCACAUUUGGUUACUCUGUUUACUUGUCCAGCAACUUACAGAAGUGAGCAGGUAAUGCUCCACUCUGAUUGGCUGUUGUGAUGCACACUUUCGCCAUGUUUGAUCUAGUUAAUAAGCUCACAGCUGAUCACCGUGAACUGAAAUUUAUCACGAUCAUUAAUCACAACCAUUUAAUUGCCCAGUCCUAUGCGAUAUAAACACAGCUACAAAAACCAAGUUAGCAAGUUAAAAUACCUCUGACGAAGUGGUCACUGCAGACACGGGCAUUGGCAAGCUCUGCUCCUCCCGACCGCAGACGUAGGUUUACAAUCCAAUUUUUAUGGCGUUGUUCUGUGAAUUUGUUCCAUUUCUCACCUUAGUGAGCGAAGGUCUUAGGCACUCGAUAAAACCUCUUUUCCUUUUCAUGGUUAGAACGAGUCGAGCUGCCGUAAAUCACACAAAAACAUCGACAGUUUCUCAGACGAAUCUUCCUGCCCUCCAUCUGAAUCUCGCACUCUCGCAAUGCAACAUUGUGACAUCAAGUGAAACCCGGCUAUUGAAGUUAAAUAUAUUCCUGUUUUUUGCCAAAUCUUGAUUUUAACAAACUCUUCUAUUUUCCUUUUUCCUCCUUACAGGAACAAUAUGACUUCUGCUACAGGGUGGUACAAGACUUUGUCGACAUUUUCUCAGACUAUGCCAAUUUUAAAUGACGAGAUUUGCCUUAAACAUGGUUUUUAAUGUUGUUUUCUAAAGCUGUCUGUUUUAUGUGUUUCUUUAACUCGGUCAAAUGAUCUAUUUUGCUAUGCACUUGUCCUACCAUUAACUGAGACUCCAUCCUCACUGUAAUAUAAUGUAUGUCUGUGGAUGAAAAUUGUAAAUGAACAAAGUUAGAUUAAUAAUGUAUAUUUCACAUUCAUGUAUGAUAAUUAUUUUGUCAUGAGGUGUUGUUUCAAACUUGGUCUGUCAUUUCAGUUUCGUUGUAUAAUAAUGUACUUUAAGUGUUUAACUAAGUGUUAUUUUGGAUUGACCACUUAAUAUUUUUCAAAGUUGUAGUUAUUGUAAAUGUAUUUAUGUAUUGACGAUGACAUUCCACUCUUGAGUUUGGAGAACAUGAUAGGAAUGUUAUUUUUUGUUUUUAUGUAAACAUACAGCACAUGCUUUGAUUUUCAUGACUUCUGUCUGAGAUAUGAGGCGCUAUUUAAAAUAUUUUCAACGUCCUCAAGCUUCACGCCCAUCACGAAUGCGAUACUCUUUCCAAUGGAAAUAUUGUCAGAAAAAAAGAUCGACUCACUUCAGCCAUAAAGUUAUGCAACAGAGGAGAAGUGACGACACGGGGGUUGAUUCACAUCACGGAUCCAGGCAGACGUUUCACACUUAGAUGUAUCGCAGUCUUUCAGAAACCAUUAAACCGGUUUUGUGGUUUUGUACCUUAAAUAAAGACCGUGGUAUGCAACUGCAGUUGACAUGGAUGUAACAUUACUACUAUCUGCCUUUUGUCUAUUGACAGCUAAAGUAUUUUACUAUAACAACUGCACAUUUAAAAAGCACAUAUAAAUAAGCCUUUCGCUAAGAACCUGUAAUAUUCAACAGAGUGGUUACUGCUUUAUUUAUAAGAUAGAUUAGAGAUUGUUCACAAAUCAGUGCCAUAUGUACCUUUAUAAGACAUGUUAAGGUGAAGUAACCCUGUGUUGUUCCUAAGAGAAGGUUAAUGUGGAGGCUUAAUGCAGUAGAGCCAGUACACUUUCAUGACCGAGUGUCAAACGCACAGUUAUCGCAGGACUGCGUUCAAAGAUGAGUCCUGUAAUGUCAACCAGCCACAGUAUACAAAUGUGGUGCUUCAGUGCCUGCUUAACAUCAGAGCAACAAAAAGACAUCAAUCUAUAAAUGUUCAGUUACUAACGUUUGCUCCAAACUUGGGUUUCUUUAGUCACAAAGGUCAUUGAGAGGAAGCAGAGUGUUCCAGUCACAGAAAAAUAUCUGACUGUAAAACAGGCAGUGACCCCCAUCUAUCCGGUACUUUAACUUUAAUCCAAACAUUUGGACUAAUCGGACCCAGCACUGCUUUAAUCCUCAACGAGAAGUGUAAUUGUGUUAAUGCUGUCUGUAAAUACUACAUGACAAAGUGCUAACAUUGUGAAAGUUGCUGAGCAGCGCAGAGCUGUGCAGCGAUUGGUUGUGUUGUGCGUGCUAUCUGUGGGAGAUGUGAGGUGAAGCACAAGAAGAGACUAAACAAAACAAGCUGUUUUUCCUCUAUGGCUUCUUUUCUGUCUGUACCCUCUUUUAAAGAAUAUCAAGAGGAGCUGUUUGGACGUCAGCUCUUUGCCUUUGCUCUCUCCCCGUGGGUGGUCCAUCCCCUUUUUGGAUUCUCAAUGUCUUUGAAAUGCAAGUUGCAAUAUUAAAUUCUUCUGAAAAUGCU